UGAAGUCGAGCGUAUGGUUUAUGCGGCUUAAGUUUAUACACGAGCAAUGAUCUAACCUACAAUAAUAUCAGGUUUAAAAAGCCUUUAGACAUUUUUUGAGCUUAAAUUCAAAGAAAAAGUUCCGAAGAUUAUUUAGUUAUGAUUUUGGCUGUAAACAGAAAUCUGUGAGCGAUUUUCUUUCCUCGAGUUCACCUUGACAACACCGGGAAGCCGGCUUAAAACAUAAAUAAGCUUAUGCUUACCUGACUCAUGAUUUCCAGACACUAUACUCUCAAUACUUCUCUUCGGAAAUGAAAAUUAUUGUCUCUGUACAUGUUUCACCGAGUUAUAUUUAUUUUAUUGAUUGUUAGUAGUCUCUCUCGCAAUUUUUAUCGCUGCACCGGUUGUUUCCAGUCGAACAUAAACAUCGCAUGCAGGAAUACUCAAAACGCGCGCGUAAAUAUCACUCGCUUUUAAAGAUUACACAUAACAAAACCAUACACAGUUUAAUAAAUAAAGGGAAAUAAAACCUAAACAUAACAAUUUAUCUAUCAUGUUGAAGCGUAAAUGGUAACUCUAUUAAUCGCACUGCAAAUUUGGUGCCUGUCAAAAGUGAGACCCGUCCGGCUGGCCGAAAAGUGAUUUUGGGAAUUUUUUUGUCGUUUUCAUUAAAAGCCUAUAAUUAUUCCCCUGCAUAUCACAUAGGACCAGAUUUUUCUAACUGAAAAGUCCCGGCAUUAUAGAAUUCUCUUCAUGAAAACGUUUUAUAAUUCAAUGCUAUAAUUUGAUGUGCAAAGGAAGCGCGUGCUUUGAUCGUCGUGGAUAUUGAGUGAGUGCAAUUUCUCUUGCAAAAUUGUGAAAAACUGCAGAAUUAAAGUUUUAAAUUGGGCAAAAAAGAACAAAUUCUGUCCGAGGUCUGUAAGAUAAAAAAAAGGGCCUCAUAGUACUGUUUACCCGAGACGUGAUGAGAAAAAGUGUGUUUAAAAGGCUGGUUUACACGCCACCAGAUUCGCCGCCAAGAUUUACUAGCAAACUAAACUUGUCGAGCACAAAAAAUCCGGCCUCAUUUUUUAUUUUGGCCUCUCUUUUAGACAGAGGAAUGCAACGUGUAAAUUGGCUGCCACCAAGGACUAUCGUGGCGCGUGUGUUUCUUAAAAUUAUAUGUCGGGGUUGUCCAAUUAUCCAUAGUCUCUCAAACGGAGCCAUGUUGGAGAGACUGGUGAAUACAACAGCUAAUGCAAAUACAAUACACGAAUAGGUAGGUCUAUUUGUUUUCCAGGCCUAAUCUACUGUGAUCGAACAUGAUUGCUAUUUUUGGGUGUACAAAUAAGACUAUUUAACAACUCGAUCUAAAAGCUGUUUCACUCUUGGACUGUCAAAUUAUUUUUCUCUAAAAUCACUUAGCCUUUGCCUCAAAAGUCAAAUGAAUGUGCCCUGAUCUGUGGAUUACAAGUUUAUUGUUUGAUUUAAAUUAUGAAUUUAUUAACGGGAGCUUCGCUUCUAGCCCUGGUAAAUCUAAAUAUUAUGUUUUAAAGAAACCACAUGGUUCCUAAAUAUCUUAAAAUAGGGUAGACGGCAAUUACAAAGAGUUAGUUGCAAGGUCUUAUUUUAAAAGACUAGAAAAGAAAUGGAAAUGAUAAUAGCAGAUUUAAUAUACAAAUUACAAAUAUCCUGAUGCUCUCUCAAAGUAGCGCAGAAACGAAAGGAACGUUCAAAGCGUGUACUUGAAUCUACUGAGAUUUAUUCUUGGUGGAAGUGUGGUGAUUUUCUCACACAGCAGGAAUGUUUGGAUGGAAGAUUUUCCUUUAGAUGUUUCAUAACAAAAUUUGAAGAUUGACAAAGUCUUUGAGUACGUUGUAUGGAAUCUUAAUGUCAGCUUGGCAACAUUUUUGUAGGAUUUGGUAGAGAAUUGCCAAAAUGUACUUCUACUUUGGCGUCCGUGUAUUAGACGCAAUUUUAUACCCUGUCGCAGUGGGUUUCCUAAAUAUAACAAUUCAACGUAUCAGACUUAAAACACAGCUACCGUGGACAAAUGAUCAGUCGCCAAGUUUCUUAUUGAUUUGUUUUAACUGUGUUUUUGCUGAAUUCCACAAAAGAUUACGUGCAUGAGUUGGGACUGUCUGAUUAAUACAUAUAUAUGCAUUGCCCAUUUUUGUAGCAUGUAUCGCUGUAGGGGUAACGGACCCAAAGAAGAUACCAGAUUCCAGAAUGACGGCAAGCACAGUUUACAGUUCGGGUUAUCAACCGUACUACGGAAGAGUGAAUACAACAAGGGGAACCCGAUGGUGUCCAAAGACCACUAGUGAUAGGACAGACUACCUUCAAGUUGAUAUGGGUGCAGUGCAUACUGUUUGUGAAGUGGCCACGCAAACGUUAAACACUGGCGAGUAUACCAAAACGUAUUACGUACGAGUUUCAGUGGAUGGAGUAACCUGGAACAAGACGUACCAGGAGAACAAAGCAGAAAAGGUAAACUAUAACUUAGUUUUACCUUCUCCUUCCCAUAAGCUUACGUAGAAAAAAAUAAACUAUUCCCGGCCUUUUUUUAAGCUUUCAGAGGCAAGUUAGGAGAGCAAACCAUCUGGAUUUCUUACUAGGGAGCUUCGUUAACCAAGAGACCUUUCCCGUUAUGUAACAUCAUUCUGUUGUCUAAGUUUGACAUGAAUAGUAAUCGAAAGAGAACCAAGAAACUUGACUACAAAUGUAUCAGAGGUGUUGUUUGUAUUUACAUUGUAAUGGUGUCAUUACCCCAGACAUUUAGUCAUUGUCCUGUGGCUACACCAUGAAUGACUUUUUUUUUUUUUGCAGGUUUUCCAAGCAAGUACCGUUUUCAAAAGUGUCUUGCGACAGAAAAUCAGUCCAGUGGUGAAAGCGAGAUUUGUCAGAUUUUUUCCUAUUACAUACUAUGGUUGGCCUUGUUUAACAGUUGAAAUAUAUGUCCUCACACGUAUGUUUCUUUCGUUGUGUAUAAAAACUUUUACUUCCAAUAUUUACUUUUUGAAUUAACGCUCAAAAGUGAUUUAAACUUUUGACUCAAGUACAAUAUAAAAUUUACGUAAAUUAAUACCAUUAUCAUAAUUAAUUAAAUUGUGGGUAAAGAAUGCAUAAAGAAUGUGGCAUUAAGAAGAAUUUAGGUUAAAUUAUUGUGAGGUAAUUAUCACAUUUGUGUUCUUAAAUCAUUUAGAAUCUUAAUAAAAAAGCCAGGUUCUCAUCUCCCUGAUCAUGAAUUAGCCUUUUCUAUUCUUGGUAUAUCUUUGUAACAUAUUCACUGAGCUCCUGUGCUUUGCCUUUUAUCUUUUGGAAAAAUACCGCAAGUUUUGAAGAAUUAUAAUUAGUCUUCAAAUGUCGUCCUACGCCCAUUUUCUGCCUCUUUUGGUUAUGUUCCGUUGAUCAAAUUUACAUUUUAUUUCAAAAUUCGCCACAUGUAAGGGAAUCCGGAUUCCGGAAUCCAGGAAUUUUUUGCUCGUGGAAUGCGGAAUCCAGCACUAAGAAUCCGGAAUCCUACUAAAGAUUGGAAUCCAGAAAGAUACACGAAAGAUCCACUCCAGAUUGGAUUGAGCUUCUCGCUCGAAAGAAAAACCAUCUAUGGAAAGCCUCCUCAGGGUAUAUGCCUCAACGUGACGACAUACAGUGUAAUAUCGGCAUAUCUGGUGAAAAAACCAUUGUUCACGAGUUCCAUAUGAAAGGUCAAGGUACCGGUCGCCGAGGGAACUCUUGCUUAUGAGCGGCUGGCAGGAUCACAAAAUUCGGGGGUUUUCGAGGGAAUACAGCGCAGUAUAAAUUGGAUUGUUGUGAAUAGCGUCAACCUCUGGCUAUGUUUGAUUCUCUGUUUUUCACUCGCUUCGCUGAACUUAAAAAAUCAAAAGCAAUUUGACCUGGCAUAGGACCGGAAAAGGUGUACCUAGGGUGAACCUUUUCCUGAACCUUCCUGGUCCUCCUGGUUCACAAUUGGAAAUAAACGUCCACUUUCAACAUUUUACCAAAAAAGAAAAAAAGAAAUUCACAGUCUCCCAGUCCCUAAUUUGGUCCUAGUAGUUUCGGUGAGAACAGUUUCAUGGUUUCGAUAAUCUUUAUUUUAGAAAUAAGCUAGGUACUGUCAGAACUGUACCAAUCAGAGGUCAGUAAAGUAAUCACUUGCAAGGACGUGGUGGGUGUCUUUUUCAUUCAUCCCCGGCAUUCGAGUGAAAUCUCGCCACCACAUGGAUGAGACGAGUUUUAAGUUUGUUGUCUGUUGGAUUUUUCUUUUCUCCUUUAUUUUUUAUUAUUUUUUUUAAUGCGUUAUGGGAAAGCCCAUUUAAGCAAAAACAAAAGGCUGAGAGAGAAAGGUACCUGUAACACUGUGUUGUGAAAUUUUAUACCAAUUUUUAGCUGACUGAUAGAUCUAAACGUACCAAAGGCAAAGCUGCGUGAUUUUUCGUUUGUGUCUAUCUGUGGACUGUAACGUGGCGGUAAGCAAGUCAUAAACAUGAACGAAAGAUUUAUUUUUUUUCUCAAUCAUAAUUGAAUGUGAUAUGAAGUUUACGUCCAGCUGUACGUCGUCCGUGGAGAAAAUAUCAUAUAAAUGAGCUCUAUAUGGUUGUAAAACGCUUAAAAUGAGCCAACGUGUCAGAAACGUUCAAGUCUCUCUUGAUCUCUCAGUCAUCUCAGAUUCGGUCGGGGAACAGACGGAUUUUUCAUGUUUUCUUUCUACAGUUGUGCUCUUGAAUAGGCCUCGUUCACAUUGAGGUCGCUCUUGGAAAUUAGACCGAUCUGAGAUCGGUUUAGCCCGUAACUCUUUUUUGUUUGAAAUGGAUCCUAGAGACCCUAGAUCAUUUCAGAGACCCAGAUCUCUUAUUGACGAAGCCGAAGGCGAGAUCUGGUCAAAUCCGAUUAUUGCCUGUCAGGAAUGUGACAGGCGAUGAAAGAGUGCAUGUUCGAAAUAAAUCCUCAAUUUUCGACGUUUUAAACAACGAAUUUGAUAGAGCCGUGAAGUUUUUUUCUAACAAAACGUGGUUAUACGCACAUCUUAAGUAUGAACCAACUAAACUUUUGUUGUUUUGGUUCUUUUUAACAUCAAAUUCAACGCAACAUUAGUUUGAAUUUCAUUAUCAUUGCCCGCGCUAAAACCUCAAAGCACUACGCGUCAACUUCUACGCGAGAAUUUUUUACCCUCUUCAAAAAUCUUUAUUGACACGGGGACAGAGUUUUAAAAAGUCUUAAAAGAUAAGAUAAAAAUGGUUUUCCAAGUUUUAUUGAGACGCAAAACUACUCUUUAGUGAACAGAACCAAAGACUUUGCAAAGAAUGAAUUGCACACGCCACAGCGCAUUUUUAUUUGACCAGUUACUAAUAAAACGAGAAACCAGGCAAAAUGAGCCAAAAGGACCUAAACGUUCCACAACGAUCAAAACUAAUAGACAAAAGAUCCACAACGACCCAAAACAAACCAAAAAAAGUUUCAAACUACUAGGAACGUCGGUUAAAAUUGAUUAAAUAAUAAAUAUUUCACUGCUUUUUCAUACCCGGAACGAAGGAUGAUCUGUAUGGUCUUUCAAUAUAGCAAGAUUCGAACACAAAAAGGAAGUGCGAAGAAAAGCGUUAAAACCGGUAAAAAAAUGGAAUCCAUCUCUUUUUGGAAUCCGGAAUCCACUGUGCUGGAAUCCGGAAUCCAGUACCCGUAAUCCGGAAUCCACAGCAUGGAAUCCAGAAUCCAAGACUGUCCUGGAUUCCCUUACAUGGGGCGACAAAAUAGGUUAUAAUCAUGAUAUUUUAUUAAUAUUAUUAUUUUUUAAGGUUACCUAAAAAGUGUCUUAUCUUUUUUUUUUGUUAUUAUUAUUUUUUCUACCGAUAUCUCGCUCAAUACUGUUCAAUACUAUGCCUUUCUUUUUAAAGCGUGUGAUAGCAACCCAUGUCUCAAUGGAGGAACCUGCCAUGAAGAGGAAAGUGGACAACGGUACACUUGUAAAUGUAGUAGUGGCUGGAAGGGACAAAGAUGCGAAGAAGAGUCGGUUGCAGGUGUUCAGUUUAUUUUGAAACGUUUGUCAAUGUACAUGUAUGACGUGUAUGAAACAGAUUCCUAAAACCUCCAGCAAUUAAUCUCUACAGACAUCACUCUAAAUUAGUUUUUUUUUUUUUUUUCAAACUCUCAUGCGUGAGUGAUGAGUUCCUUUUAUUUUCGGAGAAGACGUUAGAUGGUCUUUUUUAAACAGCAUUACAAGUCGUAAUCAGGGUUACAUAAUCUGAUAAAUGGGUGCAAAAUUUAAUUUAGUUAAUAUGUUUUAAAGAAACCACUUGGUUCCUAAACAUCUUAAAAUAGGGUAGAUUGCAACUACAAAGAGUUAGUUGCAAGGUAUUAGUUUAAAAGACUAGAAAAGAAAUGGAAAUGAUGAUAGCAGAUUUAAUCUGCAAAUUCCAAAUAUCCUGAUGCUCUCUCAAAGUAGCGCAAAAACGAAAGGACCGUUCAAAGCGUGUACUUGAAUCUACUGAGAUUUAUUCUUGGUGGAAGUGUUGUGAUUUUCUCACACAGCAGGAAUGUUUGGAUGCAAGAUUUUCCUUUACAUGUUUCAUAACAAAAUUUGAAGAUUGACAAAGUCUUUAAGUACGUUGUAUGGAAUCUUAAUGUCAGCUUGGCAACAUUUUUGUAGGAUUUGGUAGAGAAUUGCCAAAAUGUACUUCUACUUUGGCGUCCGUGUAUUAGACGCAAUUUUAUACCCUGUCGCAGUGGGUUUUCUAAAAAUAACAAUUCAACGUAUCAGACUUAAAACACAGCUAUCGUGGACAAAUGAUCAGUCGCCAAGUUUCUUAUUGAUUUGUUUUAACUGUGUUUUUGCUGAAUUCCACAAAAGACUACGUGCAUGAGUUGGGACUGUCUGAAUAAUACAUUAUAUGCAUUGCCCAUUUUUGUAGCAUGUAUCGCUGUAGGGGUAACGGACCCAAAGAAGAUACCAGAUUCUAGAAUGACGGCAAGCACAGUUUACAGUUCGGGUUAUCAACCGUACUACGGAAGAGUGAAUACAACAAGGGGAACCCGAUGGUGUCCAAAGACCACUAGUGAUAGGACAGACUAUCUUCAAGUUGAUAUAGGUGCAGAGCAUACUGUUUGUGAAGUGGCCACGCAAACGUUAAACACUGGCGAGUAUACCAAAACGUAUUACGUACGAGUUUCAGUGGAUGGAGUAACCUGGAACAAGACGUACCAGGAGAACAAAGCAGAAAAGGUAAACUAUAACUUAGUUUUACCUUCUCCUUCCCAUAAGCUUACGUAGAAAAAAAUAAACUAUUCCCGGCAUUUUUUAACCUUUCAGUGGCAAGUUAGGAGAGCAAACCAUCUGGAUUUCUCACUAGGGAGCUUCGUUAACCAACAGACCUUUUCCGUUAUGUAACAUCAUUCUGUUGUCUAAGUUUGAGGCAAAACAUGAAUAGUAAUCGAAAGAGAACCGAGAAACUUGACUACAAAUGUAUCAGAGGUGUUGUUUGUAUUUACAUUGUAAUGGUGUCAUUACCCCAGACAUUUAGUCAUUGUCCUGUGGCUACACCAUGAAUGACUUUUUUUCCACUUGCAGGUUUUCCAAGCAAGUACCGUUUUCAAAAGUGUCUUGCGACAGAAAAUCAGUCCAGUGGUGAAAGCGAGAUUUGUCAGAUUUUUUCCUAUUACAUACUAUGGUUGGCCUUGUUUAACAGUUGAAAUAUAUGUCCUCACACGUAUGUUUCUUUCGUUGUAAAUAAAAACUUUUACUUCCAAUAUUUACUUUUUGAAUUAACGCUCAAAAGUGAUUUAACCUUUUGACUCAAGUACAAUAUAAAAUUUACGUAAAUUAAUACCAUGAUCAUAAGUAAUGAAAUUGUGCGUAAAGAAUGCAUGAAGAAUGUGGUAUUAACAAGAAUUUAGGUGAAAUUGUUGUGAGGUAAUUAUCACAUUUGUGUUCUUAAAUCAUAUAGAAUCUUAAUAAAAAAGCCAGGUUCUCAUCUCCCUGAUCAUGAAUUAACCUUUUCUAAUCUUGGUAUAUCUUUGUAACACAUUCAUUGAGCUGCUGUGCCUUGCCUUUUAUCGUUUGGAAUAAUACCGCAAGUAUUAAAGAAUUAUAGUCUUCAAAUGUCGCCCUACGCCCAUUUUCUGCCUCUUUUGGUUAUAUUCCGUUGAUUGAAUUUACAUUUUAUUUCAAAAUGUAAGUAAAAUAAGUUAUAAACAUGAUAUUUUAUUAAUAUCAUUAUUUUUUAGGGUUACCUAAUAAUUGUCUUAUUUUUUUUGUUAUUAUUUUUUGUACCGAUAUCUCGCUCAAUACUGUUCAAUACUAUGCCUUUCUUUUUAAAGCGUGUGAUAGCAACCCAUGUCUCAAUGGAGGAACCUGCCAUGAAGAGGAAAGUGAACAACGGUACACUUGUGAAUGUAGUAGUGGCUGGAAGGGUGAAAGAUGCGAAGAAGAGUCGGUUACAGGUGUUUAGUUUAUUUUGAAACGUUUGUCAAUGUACAUGUAUGACGUGUAUGAAACAGAUUCCUAAAACGUCCAGCAAUUAAUCUCCACAGACAUCACUACAAAAUAGUUUUUUUUUUUCAAACUCUCAUGCGUGAGUGAUGAGUUCCUUUUAUUUUCGGAGAAGACGUUAGAUGGUCUUUUUUAAACCGCAUUACAAGUCGUAAUCAGGGUUACAUAUCUGAUAAAUGGGCACAAAAUUUAAUUUAGUUAAAUUAUGUUUUAAAGAAACCACUUGGUUCCUAAAUAUCUUAAAAUAGGGUAGAGGGCAAUGACAAAAGGUUUGUUGCAAGGUAUUAUUUUAAAAGACUAGAAAAGAAAUGGAAAUGAUGAUAGCAGAUUUAAUCCGCAAAUCCCAAAUAUCCUGAUGCUCUCUCAAAGUAGCGCAAAAACGAAAGGAACGUUCAAAGCGUGUACUUGAAUCUACUGAGAUUUAUUAUUGGUGGAAGUGUUGUGAUUUUCUCGCACAGCAGGAAUGUUUGGAUGCAAGAUUUUCCUUUACUUGUACGUUGUAUGGAAUCUUAAUGUCAGCUUGGCAACAUUUUUGUAGGAUUUGGUAGAGAAUUGCCAAAAUGUAGUUCCACUUUGGCGUCCGUGUAUUAGACGCAAUUUUAUUCCCUGUCGCAGUGGGUUUCCUAAAAAUAACAAUUCAACGUAUCAGACUUAAAACACAGCUACCGUGGACAAAUGAUCAGUCGCCAAGUUUCUUAUUGAUGUGCUUUAAAUGUGUUUUUUGCUGAAUUCCACAAAAGACUACGUGCAUGAGUUGGGACUGUCUGAUUAAUACAUAUAUAUGCAUUGCCCAUUUUUGUAGCAUGUAUCGCUGUAGGGGUAACGGACCCAAAGAAGAUACCAGAUUCCAGAAUGACGGCAAGCACAGUUUACAGUUCGGGUUAUCAACCGUACUACGGAAGAGUGAAUACAACAAGGGGAACCCGAUGGUGUCCAAAGACCACUAGUGAUAGGACAGACUAUCUUCAAGUUGAUAUGGGUGCAGUGCAUACUGUUUGUGAAGUGGCCACGCAAACGUUAAACACUGGCGAGUAUACCAAAACGUAUUACGUACGAGUUUCAGUGGAUGGAGUAACCUGGAACAAGACGUACCAGGAGAACAAAGCAGAAAAGGUAAACUAUAACUUAGUUUUACCUUCUCCUUCCCAUAAGCUUACGUAGAAAAAAAAUUAAUCUUUUCCGGCAUUUUUUGCCCUUUCAGAGGCAAGUUAGGAGAGCAAACCAUCUGGAUUUCUUACCAGGGAGCUUCGUUAACCAACAGACCUUUCCCGUUAUGUAACAUCAUUCGGUUGUCUAAGUUUGAGGCAAAACAUGAAUAGUAAUCGAAAGAGAACCGAGAAACUUGACUACCAUGGUAUCAGAGGUGUUGUUUGUAUUUACAUUGUAAUGGUGUCAUUACCCCAGACAUUUAGUCAUUUUCCUGUGGCUACACCAUGAAUGACUUUUUUUCCACUUGCAGGUUUUCCAAGCAAGUACCGUUUUCAAAAGCGUCUUGCGACAGAAAAUCAGUCCAGUGGUGAAAGCGAGAUUUGUCAGAUUUUUUCCUAUUACAUACUAUGGUUGGCCUUGUUUAACAGUUGAAAUAUAUGUCCUCACACGUAUGUUUCUUUCGUUGUAAAUAAAAACUUUUACUUCCAAUAUUUACUUUUUGAAUUAACGCUCAAAAGUGAUUUAACCUUUUGACUCAAGUACAAUAUAAAAUUUACGUAAAUUAAUACCAUGAUCAUAAUUAAUGAAAUUGUGCGUAAAGAAUGCAUGAAGAAUGUGGUAUUAACAAGAAUUUAGGUUAAAUUGUUGUGAGGUAAUUAUCACAUUUGUGUUCUUAAAUCAUAUAGAAUCUUAAUAAAAAAGCCAGGUUCUCAUCUCCCUGAUCAUGAAUUAGCCUUUUCUAAUCUUGGUAUAUCUUUGUAACACAUUCACUGAGCUGCUGUGCUUUGCCUUUUAUCGUUUGGAAUAAUACCGCAAGUAUUAAAGAAUUAUAGUCUUCAAAUGUCGCCCUACGCCCAUUUUCUGCCUCUUUUGGUUAUAUUCCGUUGAUCGAAUUUACAUUUUAUUUCAAAAUGUAAGUAAAAUAAGAUAUAAACAUGAUAUUUUAUUAAUAUCAUUAUUUUUUAGGGUUACCUUAUAAUUGUCUUAUUUUUUUUGUUAUUAUUUUUUGUACCGAUAUCUCGCUCAAUACUGUUCAAUACUAUGCCUUUCUUUUUAAAGCGUGUGAUAGCAACCCAUGUCUCAAUGGUGGAACCUGCCAUGAAGAGGAAAGUGGACAACGGUACACUUGUGAAUGUAGUAGUGGCUGGAAGGGUCAAAGAUGCGAAGAAGAGUCGGUUGCAGGUGUUUAGUUUAUUUUGAAACGUUUGUCAAUGUACAUGUAUGACGUGUAUGAAACAGAUUCCUAAAACGUCCAGCAAUUAAUCUCCACAGACAUCACUACAAAAUAGUUUUUUUUUUUCAAACUCUCAUGCGUGAGUGAUGAGUUCCUUUUAUUUUCGGAGAAGACGUUAGAUGGUCUUUUUUAAACCGCAUUACAAGUCGUAAUCAGGGUUACAUAUCUGAUAAAUGGGCACAAAAUUUAAUUUAGUUAAAUUAUGUUUUAAAGAAACCACUUGGUUCCUAAAUAUCUUAAAAUAGGGUAGAGGGCAAUGACAAAAGGUUUGUUGCAAGGUAUUAUUUUAAAAGACUAGAAAAGAAAUGGAAAUGAUGAUAGCAGAUUUAAUCCGCAAAUCCCAAAUAUCCUGAUGCUCUCUCAAAGUAGCGCAAAAACGAAAGGAACGUUCAAAGCGUGUACUUGAAUCUACUGAGAUUUAUUAUUGGUGGAAGUGUUGUGAUUUUCUCACACAGCAGGAAUGUUUGGAUGCAAGAUUUUCCUUUACUUGUACGUUGUAUGGAAUCUUAAUGUCAGCUUGGCAACAUUUUUGUAGGAUUUGGUAGAGAAUUGCCAAAAUGUACUUCUACUUUGGCGUCCGUGUAUUAGACGCAAUUUUAUACCCUGUCGCAGUGGGUUUUUUAAAAAUAACAAUUCAACGUAUCAGACUUAAAACACAGCUACCGUGGACAAAUGAUCAGUCGCCAAGUUUCUUAUUGAUUUGUAUUAACUGUGUUUUUGCUGAAUUCCACAAAAGACUAGGUGCAUGAGUUGGGACUGUCUGAUUAAUACAUAUACAUGCAUUGCCCAUUUUUGUAGCAUGUAUCGCUGUAGGGGUAACGGACCCAAAGAAGAUACCAGAUUCCAGAAUGACGGCAAGCACAGUUUACAGUUCGGGUUAUCAACCGUACUACGGAAGAGUGAAUACAACAAGGGGAACCCGAUGGUGUCCAAAGACCACUAGUGAUAGGACAGACUAUCUUCAAGUUGAUAUGGGUGCAGUUCAUACUGUUUGUGAAGUGGCCACGCAAACGUUAAACACUGGCGAGUAUACCAAAACGUAUUACGUACGAGUUUCAGUGGAUGGAGUAACCUGGAACAAGACGUACCGGGAGAACAAAGCAGAAAAGGUAAACUAUAACUUAGUUUUACCUUCUCCUUCCCAUAAGCUUACGUAGAAAAAAAUAAACUAUUCCCGGCCUUUUUUAACCUUGCAGAGGCAAGUUAGGAGAGCAAACCAUCUGGAUUUCUUACUAGGGAGCUUCGUUAACCAAGAGAUAUUUCCCGUUAUGUAACAUCAUUCUGUUGUCUAAGUUUGAGGCAAAACAUGAAUGGUAAUCGAAAGAGAACCAAGAUUAAACUUGACUACUAUGGUAUCAGAGGUGUUGUUUGUAUUUAGAUUGUAAUGGUGUUAUUACCCUAGGCAUUUAGUCAUUGUUUGUGGUAUGCCACAAGUGUCAUCUAAUUCACAGAAAAUUGCCCAUACAAGUUAAGUUAUUUAUUUAAAAAAAUCCGACGUUAACCCAGGAAACUUCUAAUGUAUACUAUUUCAAAGUAAAGAGUAUAAAGCGCGUUACUUUAAUUUUCCUAAUUUGUCCUUUUCAUAUAAUAAUAAUAAUAUUGCAAUUGAGCGAAUAGCCACUUAUAAAGUGACUUGCGCUAGUAGUUUACAUUUUGUAGUUUGAAUGCAUAGAAAGUCGUUCCUAUGGCGUUAGAAGUGCGCAGAUAAGGUCUGUAAUAAAACAUUCUUAAUGCAGAUUUCGCAUUUUCGUCCUGGUUUAUUCCAUAUCUUCUUCUCAUGCAUUAUCCUGUGUUGAGCCUUAAAGUUUCAUUUCCCGCUUCGUUUUUUUUCCGCGACCUCGAGUCAACUUGAAUUGGUAAUAAAGUUUUAUUUCACGCUUUGUUUUUUCCGCGACCUUGAGUCAACUUAAAUUGGUAAAUAAUAAACUUUUGGCAAAAGACUGAGUAGGUUUCGAAAGUCUUUUUGUAGCUACACUAUGAAUGACUUUUUUUUUCACUUGCAGGUUUUCCAAGCAAGUAUCGUUUUGAACAGUGUCUUGCGACAGAAAAUCAGUCCAGUGGUGAAAGCGAGAUUUGUCAGAUUUUUUCCUAUUACAUAUCAUGGUUGGCCUUGUUUAACAGUUGAAAUAUAUGUCCUCACACGUAUGUUUCUUUCGUUGUAAAUAAAAACUUUUACUUCCGAUAUUUACUUUUUGAAUUAACGCUCAAAAGUGAUUUAAACUUUUAACUCAAGAACAAUAUAAAACUUACGUAAAUUAAUACAAUGAUUUGAUUUUACAAUGAAGGAUUUAGGUUAAGUUGUUGUGAGGUAAUUAUCACAUUUGUGCUCUUAAAUCAUAAAGAAUCUUUAGGACUUUUAACAAAACAAAAAGCCAGGUUCUCAUCUCCCUGAUCAUGAAUUAGUCUUUUCUAACCUUGGUACAUCUUUGUAACACAUUGACGGAGCUGCUGUGCUUUGCCUUUUAGCGGAGCUCUGGCGCGCGCUUCGCGCGCGCGCAGGGGAGCACCGUGGGCAAGAAAAUUUGGUAAACUAUCUUUCCCAGAAAAUUUGGUUAUGACGUAGCGUACGCCCACCCGUACACACAGUUCAUGUAAGCCGAUGUCAAAUGUCACAAUAGAUCUUGCACAACUUGACUAGCCUCUUAGUUAUGUAAGCCAUCCAUAUGAGGACGAUUAGAUUGACAGCUGUCAAAAUGAGACAUCCGCUGACAAUUAUCACAUGACCAUCUCGCGGGAUCAGAUGAAAGGCCAGUCGUUUUGCCCCUACAUGUAAGCUGAUAUAAUAUGUCACACUUACCAAUUCAACAUAAAAACGAAACUACGCCGGGCAAGGCUGUCAGUUGGAUGACAGUAGUUUAAAGUUAUAUUGGCAAGCCAAAUUAAGGUCAAUUAACAGCUGUCAAAAUGGGACAUGUGCAGACCACUAUCAGAAAACUAAUGACGUGGGCUCAGGUUCGCCCAGGUACACGAUCUGGCAUUUUCCACUACAUGCCGGACGGAUAUGUCUUACUCACACUCGUAGUCUGUUAAUUCGAAUAUUCGCCAUUCUAAUGAAGUUUAAUUGACAGCUGUCAAACUAGAGUAUACGCUGACCAUCAUCACCUGAGUGUAUUGCGGGCUCAUUUUUCUAUCCAUUAAGGUCAGGUACUGUUUAAAGUUUUGCGCUGAUAUUUUAUUUGAUCACGGGCUCAAUUCGAAGCCCCAUAGCUUAGAAAAUCUAUCCAUCUUAGAGAAUUCGGCAAUCACGUGACCGUACAAUGACCACCCGACUUUCCGUCCGUGCGCAUCACAUGCAUACCAAUGUUUAAUCUCACACUUUCUAGCUAGUUUGGGAGCCUGCAACCUAAUAUUGUACAUCCAUGUUUUGAUUAAUUGACAGCUGUCAGAAUAGUGUUUCUGCUGACCAGUAUCGCCUGACCGUAUCGCAGGCUCAGGUAUCGACCCACUGAGUUCGAGUGUUUUUUUUUGAAGGUAUCCGCUGACAAGUUGAUACUUUUCAAAAAGAUCGCAGGCUCAAGUUCAAUUUUUUUAAAAUGCAUAUGAAAUAAGUCGUGUUCAUGAGCAGCACUUUUAAAAUGUUGAUUUCGAAGUGACUUCGGACGCGAAAACUCAACCGGCUUUUACAUUACAUGCAGGGAAGGCAAUCGCUUUUGACUUUUCUCACUGUCACGCGUUGAUCACGCUCUACGUCCAAUUCUUAUGUUCUGAUUGGUCAAAAUUUGACAGGUGAGUUCACGCGGAAAAUUUAUGCAGCGUCUGGAAACUUGCUUACUGAUAGCUGGAGCUGACAGAGUUUUGUCCGGGAGUUUUGUCUUUUAGGGUUACCUAAUAAUUUUCUCAUUUUUUUGUUAUUAUUUUUUGUACCGAUAUCUCGCUCAAUACUGUUCAAUACUAUGCCUUUCUUUUUAAAGCUUGUGAUAGCAACCCAUGUCUCAAUGGAGGAACCUGCCAUGAAGAGGAAAGUGGACAAGGGUACACUUGUGAAUGUAGUAGUGGCUGGAAGGGACAAAGAUGCGAAGAAGAGUCGGUCGCAGGUGUUCACUUUAUUUUGAAACGUUUGUGAAUGUACAUGUAUGACGUGUAAGAAACAGAUUCCUAAAACCUCCAGCAAUUAAUCUCCACAUGCAUCACUCUAAAUUAGUCUUUUUUUCAAACUAUCAUGCGUGAGUGAUGAGUUGCUUUUAUUUUCGGAGAAGACGUUAAAUGUUUUUUUUUUUUAAACCGCCUUACAAGUCCUCGUAGCGUACCCGCGCACCCGUACACACUCUUCAUGUAAGUAGAUGUGAAAUGUCACAAUAGAUCUUUCACAACUUGACUAGCCUCUUAGUUAUGUAAGCUAUCCGUAUGAGUACGAUUAGAUUGACAGCUUUUAAAAUCAGACAUCCGCUGACAAUUAUCACAUGACCAUCUCGCGGGCUCGGAUGAAGGACCAGUCGUUCUUCCCCUACUUAUAAGCUAAUAUAAUAUGUCACACUUUCCAAUUCAACAUAUAAACGAAACUACGCCGGGCAAGGGUAUCAGUUGGCUGACAGUCGUUUAAAGUUAAGGUCUAUUGACAGCUGUUAAAAUGGGACAUGUGCAGACCACUAUCAGAAAACUAAUAACGUGGGCUCAGGCUCGCUCAGGUACACGAUCUGGCAUUUUCCACUACAUGCCGGACGGAUAUGUCUUACUCACGCUCGUAGUCUGAUAAUUCGCAUAUUCGCCAUUCUAAUGAAGGUUGAUUGACAGCUGUCAAACUAGAGUAUACGCUGAUCAUCAUCACCAGAGUGUAUCUCGGGCUCAUUUGUCUAUCCAUUGAGGUCACGUAGUGUUUAAAGUUUUGCGCUGAUAUUUUAUUUGAUGACGGGCUCAAUUCGAAGCCCCAUAGCUUAGAAAAUCUAUCCAUCUUAGAAAAUUCGGCAUUCACGUGACCGUACACCGACCAACCGACCUUCCGUCCGUCCGCACCACAGGCGUACCAAUUUUUAAUCUCACACUUUCUAGCUAGUUUGGGAACCUGCAACCUGAUAUUGUACAUCCUUGUUUUGAUUGAUUGACAGCUGUGAAAAUAGUGUUUUUGCUGACCAGAAUCGCCUGCCCCGUGGGCUCAGGUAUCGACCCACUGAGUUGGAGUGUUUUUUUGAAGGUAUCCGCUGACAAGUUGCUACUUUUCAAUUAUCGCAGGCUUAAGUUCAAUUUUUUUAAAAUGCAUAUGAAAGAAGUCGUGUUCAUGAGCCCCACUUUCGAACUGACCUCGGACGCGAAAAUCCAACCGGCUUUUACAUUUACAUGCAGGGAAGGCAAUCGCUUUUGACUUUUCUCACUGUCACGCGUUGAUCACGCUCUACGUCCAAUGUUUAUGUUCUGAUUGGUCAAAAUUUGACAGGUGAGUUCAUGCGGAAAAUUUAUGCAGCGUCUGGAAACUUGCUUACUGAUAGCUGGAGCUGACAGAGUUUUGUGUCAUCUUGUGAAGUUUUAAACUGUCUUUUUCUACUUGGUGUACAAAAUGAAAUACAGCUGCUAUCAAGAUUGUUCUGUAAUUCAUGGCUGGUUUGUUUAUUGCGCUUUUUGUUGACAAAUGCACCGCUUGUCAAAGUCAUUGGAAAUCCGAUUUCGGAUGGCAUCGUUUUCAAAAAUGAGCUUACUCACUUGCCCUUGCUUGAGGCGUAAGAGGGUUGAAAAGUCUCAAGCGAUUCUGGAACACUUGAUGACCUUCAGAAUCAGCAUCUCGACUGGUAAGCCUGAGCAAUUAUUGUCUUUGAAGUGUUUUUUUUUUUUUUUUUUUUUCGUUUCCUGAAGUCGAGCGUAUGUUUUAUGCGGCUUGAGUUUAUACACGAGCAAUGAUCUAACCUACAAUAGUAUCAGGUUUAAAAAGGCUUUAGACAUUUUUUGACCGCAAAUUCAAAGAAAAGAUUCCGGAGAUUAUUUAGUUAUGAUUUUGGCCGUAAACAGAAAGCUCUGAGCGAUUUUCUUGCCUGGAGUUCAUCUUGAAAAAGAGCAAACACCGGGAGCCGGUUUAAAAAAUAAAUAAGCUUAUGCGUACCUGACUCAUGAUUUUCAGAGACACUUUACUCUCAAUACUUCUCUUCGUGAAUGAAAAUUAUUGUCUCUGUACAUGUUUCACCGAAUUAUGUUUAUGUUAUUGAUUGUUAGUAGUCUCUCUCGCAAUUUUUAUCGCUGCACCGGUUGUUUCCAGUCGAACAUAAACAUCGCAUGCAGGAAUACUCAAAACGCCGCCCGUAAAUAUCACUCGCUUUUAAAGAUUACAAAUAACAAAACCAUGCACAGUUUACUAAAUAAAGGGAAAUAAAACCUAAACAUAACAAUUUCUCUAUCACGUUGAAGCGUAAAUGGUAACUGUAUUAGUCGCACUGCAAAUUUGGUGCCUGUCAAAAGUGAGAAACCCGUCCGGCUGGCCGAAAAGUGAUUUGGGGAAUUUUUUUUUAUCGUUUUCAUUUAAAGCCCGUAAUUAUUACCCUGCAUAUCACAUAGGACCAGAUUUUUCUAACUGAAAAGUCCCGGCAUUAUCUGAGAAUAGGCCAUUUGCACUAAGAGGCAUAUGACAUCGUUUUUAUGAAAAUGAAAGUUAUAUGAUUUUGCCUUCGAAAAACGAUUAGUGGGUCAUAUCUUAAACAAAAUAAUGAUGAUUUGGUUUUUCAAACCCGAACCAUUUUCUUAAAAUGAAUAAGUUCGUAAAUGGUCACGUGACCAACAUGUGAUUUUUAAAAUUAUGAAUUACCUCUUUCUGAACACAAAUUUUGCACUUAAACUUCAAGGAAAAUGUUAAAAAGAUGAUGUGAUAGCGUCUACAGCACAUCUGAGCGUAAAUAUGAAACGUUGAACAAGAUAUGAGCAAGAAGUAGUUUUGUCCGCCAUGUUGGAGGGCAUAAGCAUGCCCUCCAACAUGGCGGCCAAUACAAAUCAUACUGCUUUGCUGAAAAAUCAAAGUGCCAUAAAACAUCUCCCUUAAAUGCGUUUCCUCUCAAAUUUCGGGUUUAAGAUAAUUUUUGUGUGCUCUAACAAUUUUUGGCAUCAGCAAGAUUCCAACUCAUUGUUUAAAGGAAGCAUUGGUCACGUGACCUCUUAGUGCAAGUGGCCUAUUCUCUUCAUGACAACGUUUUAUAAUUCAAUGCUAUAAUUUGUUGUGCAAAGGAAGCGCGUGCUUUGAUCGUCGUGGAUAUUGAAUGAGUGCAAAUUCUCUUGCAAAAUUGUGAAAAACUGCCGAAUUAUGGGUUUAAAUAGGGCAAAAAAGAAAAAAUUAUGUCCGAGGUCUGUAUGAUAAAAAAGGGCCUCGGAGUACUGUUUACCUGAGACGUGAUGAGAAAAAGUAUGUUUAUAAGGCUGGUUUACACGCCACCAGAUUCGUCGCCAAGAUUUACUAGUAAACUAAACUUGUCGAACACAAAAAAUGCGGCCUAAUUUUUUAUUUUGGCCUCUCUUUUUACAGAGGAAUGCAACGUGUAAAUUGGCUGCCACCAAGGACUAUCGUGGCGCGUGUGUUUCUUAAAAUUAUAUUUCGGGGUUGUCCAAUUAUCCAUAGCCUCUCUAACGGAGCAAUGUUGGAGAGACUGGUGAAUGCGAGAUUAUGAUGCAACAGCUAAUGCAAAUACAAUACAUAAAUAGGUCUAUUUGUUUUCCAGGCCUAAUCUACUGUGAUCGAACAUGAUUGCUAUCUUGGGUGUACAAAUAAGACUAUUUAAUAACUCGAUGUAAAAUUUGUUUCACUCUUGGACUGUCAAAUUAUUUUUCUCUAAAAUCACUUAGCCUUUGCGUCAAAAGUCAAAUGAAUGUGCCCUGAUCUGUGGAUUGCAAGUUUAUUGUUUGAUUUAAAUUAUGAAUUUAUAAACGAGAGCUUCGCUUUUAGCCCUGGCUAAAUCUAUAUACUAUCGGUUGGAAAAAUACCACAAGCAUUGUCAAGAAUUAUAUUUAGUUUUCAAAUGCCGCCCUACGCCCAUUUUCUGCCUCUUUUGGUUAUAUUCUGUUGAUCGCUUUUACAUUUUAUUUUAAAACGUAAGCAAAAUAAGUUAUAAACAUGAUAUUUUAUUAAUAUUAUUAUUUUUUUAGGGUUACCUAAUAAUUGUCCUAUUUUUUUUGUUAUUAAUUUUUUUUUUCACCGAUAUCUCGCUCAAUACUGUUCAAUACUAUGACUUUCUUUUUAAAGCGUGUGAUAGCAACCCAUGUCUCAAUGGAGGAACCUGCCUUGAAGAGGAAAGUGGACAAGGGUACACUUGUGAAUGUAGUAGUGGCUGGAAGGGACAAAGAUGCGAAGAAGAGUCGGUUGCAGGUGUUUAGUUUAUUUUGAAACGUUUGUGAAUGUACAUGUAUGACUUGUAAGAAACAGAUUUCUAAAACCUCCAGCAAUUAAUCUCUACAGACAUCACUCUAAAUUAGUUUUUUUUUUUCAAACUAUCAUGCGUGAGUGAUGAGUUCCUUUUAUUUUCGGAGGAGACGUUAGAUGUUUUUUUUUAAAACCGCCUAACAAGUCCUAACCAGGGCUACGUAAUCUGAUAAAUGGGCACAAAAUUUAAUUUAGUUAAUAUGUUUUAAAGAAACCACUUGGUUCCUAAAUAUCUUAAAAUAGGGUAGAGGGCAAUUACAAAGAGUUAGUUGCAAGGUCUUCUUUUAAUAGACUAGAAAAGAAAUGGAAAUGAUGAUAGCAGAUAAAUAUGCAAAUUACAAAUAUCCUGAUGCUCUCUCAAAGCAGCGCAAAAACGAAAGGAACGUUCAAAGCGUGUACUUGAAUCUACUGAGAUUUGUUCUUGGUGGAAGUGUUGUGAUUUUCACACACAGCAGGAAUGUUUGAAUGCAAGAUUUUCCUCUAGAUGUUUCAUAACAAAAUUUGAAGAUUGAUAAUGUUUUUAAGUACGUUGUAUGGAAUCUUAAUGUCAGCUUGGCAACAUUUUUGUAGGAUUUGGUAGAGAAUUGCCAAAAUGUAGUUCCACUUUGGCGUCCGUGUAUUAGACGCAAUUUUAUACCCUGUCGCAGUGGGUUUCCUAAAUAUAACAAUUCAACGUAUCAGACUUAAAACACAGCUACCGUGGACAAAUGAUCAGUCGCCAAGUUUCUUAUUGAUUUGUUUUAACUGUGUUUUUGCUGAAUUCCACAAAAGAUUACGUGCAUGAGUUGGGACUGUCUGAUUAAUGCAUAUAUAUGCAUUGCCCAUUUUUGUAGCAUGUAUCGCUGUAGGGGUAACGGACCCAAAGAAGAUACCAGAUUCCAGAAUGACGGCAAGCACAGUUUACAGUUCGGGUUAUCAACCGUACUACGGAAGAGUGAAUACAACAAGGGGAACCCGAUGGUGUCCAAAGACCACUAGUGAUAGGACAGACUACCUUCAAGUUGAUAUGGGUGCAGUGCAUACUGUUUGUGAAGUGGCCACGCAAACGUUAAACACUGGCGAGUAUACCAAAACGUAUUACGUACGAGUUUCAGUGGAUGGAGUAACCUGGAACAAGACGUACCAGGAGAACAAAGCAGAAAAGGUAAACUAUAACUUAGUUUUACCUUCUCCUUCCCAUAAGCUUACGUAGAAAAAAAUAAACUAUUCCCGGCCUUUUUUUAAGCUUUCAGAGGCAAGUUAGGAGAGCAAACCAUCUGGAUUUCUUACUAGGGAGCUUCGUUAACCAAGAGACCUUUCCCGUUAUGUAACAUCAUUCUGUUGUCUAAGUUUGACAUGAAUAGUAAUCGAAAGAGAACCAAGAAACUUGACUACAAAUGUAUCAGAGGUGUUGUUUGUAUUUACAUUGUAAUGGUGUCAUUACCCCAGACAUUUAGUCAUUGUCCUGUGGCUACACCAUGAAUGACUUUUUUUUCACUUGCAGGUUUUCCAAGCAAGUACCGUUUUCAAAAGUGUCUUGCGACAGAAAAUCAGUCCAGUGGUGAAAGCGAGAUUUGUCAGAUUUUUUCCUAUUACAUACUAUGGUUGGCCUUGUUUAACAGUUGAAAUAUAUGUCCUCACACGUAUGUUUCUUUCGUUGUGUAUAAAAACUUUUACUUCCAAUAUUUACUUUUUGAAUUAACGCUCAAAAGUGAUUUAAACUUUUGACUCAAGUACAAUAUAAAAUUUACGUAAAUUAAUACCAUUAUCAUAAUUAAUUAAAUUGUGGGUAAAGAAUGCAUAAAGAAUGUGGCAUUAAGAAGAAUUUAGGUUAAAUUAUUGUGAGGUAAUUAUCACAUUUGUGUUCUUAAAUCAUUUAGAAUCUUAAUAAAAAAAGCCAGGUUCUCAUCUCCCUGAUCAUGAAUUAGCCUUUUCUAUUCUUGGUAUAUCUUUGUAACAUAUUCACUGAGCUCCUGUGCUUUGCCUUUUAUCUUUUGGAAAAAUACCGCAAGUUUUGAAGAAUUAUAAUUAGUCUUCAAAUGUCGUCCUACGCCCAUUUUCUGCCUCUUUUGGUUAUGUUCCGUUGAUCAAAUUUACAUUUUAUUUCAAAAUUCGCCACAUGUAAGGGAAUCCGGAUUCCGGAAUCCAGGAAUUUUUUGCUCGUGGAAUGCGGAAUCCAGCACUAAGAAUCCGGAAUCCUACUAAAGAUUGGAAUCCAGAAAGAUACACGAAAGAUCCACUCCAGAUUGGAUUGAGCUUCUCGCUCGAAAGAAAAACCAUCUAUGGAAAGCCUCCUCCUCAGGGUAUAUGCCUCAACGUGACGACAUACAGUGUAAUAUCGGCAUAUCUGGUGAAAAAACCAUUGUUCACGAGUUCCAUAUGAAAGGUCAAGGUACCGGUCGCCGAGGGAACUCUUGCUUAUGAGCGGCUGGCAGGAUCACAAAAUUCGGGGGUUUUCGAGGGAAUACAGCGCAGUAUAAAUUGGAUUGUUGUGAAUAGCGUCAACCUCUGGCUAUGUUUGAUUCUCUGUUUUUCACUCGCUUCGCUGAACUUAAAAAAUCAAAAGCAAUUUGACCUGGCAUAGGACCGGAAAAGGUGUACCUAGGGUGAACCUUUUCCUGAACCUUCCUGGUCCUCCUGGUUCACAAUUGGAAAUAAACGUCCACUUUCAACAUUUUACCAAAAAAGAAAAAAAGAAAUUCACAGUCUCCCAGUCCCUAAUUUGGUCCUAGUAGUUUCGGUGAGAACAGUUUCAUGGUUUCGAUAAUCUUUAUUUUAGAAAUAAGCUAGGUACUGUCAGAACUGUACCAAUCAGAGGUCAGUAAAGUAAUCACUUGCAAGGACGUGGUGGGUGUCUUUUUCAUUCAUCCCCGGCAUUCGAGUGAAAUCUCGCCACCACAUGGAUGAGACGAGUUUUAAGUUUGUUGUCUGUUGGAUUUUUCUUUUCUCCUUUAUUUUUUAUUAUUUUUUUUAAUGCGUUAUGGGAAAGCCCAUUUAAGCAAAAACAAAAGGCUGAGAGAGAAAGGUACCUGUAACACUGUGUUGUGAAAUUUUAUACCAAUUUUUAGCUGACUGAUAGAUCUAAACGUACCAAAGGCAAAGCUGCGUGAUUUUUCGUUUGUGUCUAUCUGUGGACUGUAACGUGGCGGUAAGCAAGUCAUAAACAUGAACGAAAGAUUUAUUUUUUUUCUCAAUCAUAAUUGAAUGUGAUAUGAAGUUUACGUCCAGCUGUACGUCGUCCGUGGAGAAAAUAUCAUAUAAAUGAGCUCUAUAUGGUUGUAAAACGCUUAAAAUGAGCCAACGUGUCAGAAACGUUCAAGUCUCUCUUGAUCUCUCAGUCAUCUCAGAUUCGGUCGGGGAACAGACGGAUUUUUCAUGUUUUCUUUCUACAGUUGUGCUCUUGAAUAGGCCUCGUUCACAUUGAGGUCGCUCUUGGAAAUUAGACCGAUCUGAGAUCGGUUUAGCCCGUAACUUUUUUUUGUUUGAAAUGGAUCCUAGAGACCCUAGAUCAUUUCAGAGACCCAGAUCUCUUAUUGACGAAGCCGAAGGCGAGAUCUGGUCAAAUCCGAUUAUUGCCUGUCAGGAAUGUGACAGGCGAUGAAAGAGCGCAUGUUCGAAAUAAAUCCUCAAUUUUCGACGUUUUAAACAACGAAUUUGAUAGAGCCGUGAAGUUUUUUUCUAACAAAACGUGGUUAUACGCACAUCUUAAGUAUGAACCAACUAAACUUUUGUUGUUUUGGUUCUUUUUAACAUCAAAUUCAACGCAACAUUAGUUUGAAUUUCAUUAUCAUUGCCCGCGCUAAAACCUCAAAGCAGUACGCGUCAACUUCUACGCGAGAAUUUUUUACCCUCUUCAAAAAUCUUUAUUGACACGGGGACAGAGUUUUAAAAAGUCUUAAAAGAUAAGAUAAAAAUGGUUUUCCAAGUUUUAUUGAGACGCAAAACUACUCUUUAGUGAACAGAACCAAAGACUUUGCAAAGAAUGAAUUGCACACGCCACAGCGCAUUUUUAUUUGACCAGUUACUAAUAAAACGAGAAACCAGGCAAAAUGAGCCAAAAGGACCUAAACGUUCCACAACGAUCAAAACUAAUAGACAAAAGAUCCACAACGACCCAAAACAAACCAAAAAAAGUUUCAAACUACUAGGAACGUCGGUUAAAAUUGAUUAAAUAAUAAAUAUUUCACUGCUUUUUCAUACCCGGAACGAAGGAUGAUCUGUAUGGUCUUUCAAUAUAGCAAGAUUCGAACACAAAAAGGAAGUGCGAAAAAAAGCGUUAAAACCGGUAAAAAAAUGGAAUCCAUCUCUUUUUGGAAUCCGGAAUCCACUGUGCUGGAAUCCGGAAUCCAGUACCCGUAAUCCGGAAUCCACAGCAUGGAAUCCAGAAUCCAAGACUGUCCUGGAUUCCCUUACAUGGGGCGACAAAAUAGGUUAUAAUCAUGAUAUUUUAUUAAUAUUAUUAUUUUUUAAGGUUACCUAAAAAGUGUCUUAUCUUUUUUUUUUGUUAUUAUUAUUUUUUCUACCGAUAUCUCGCUCAAUACUGUUCAAUACUAUGCCUUUCUUUUUAAAGCGUGUGAUAGCAACCCAUGUCUCAAUGGAGGAACCUGCCAUGAAGAGGAAAGUGGACAACGGUACACUUGUAAAUGUAGUAGUGGCUGGAAGGGACAAAGAUGCGAAGAAGAGUCGGUUGCAGGUGUUCAGUUUAUUUUGAAACGUUUGUCAAUGUACAUGUAUGACGUGUAUGAAACAGAUUCCUAAAACCUCCAGCAAUUAAUCUCUACAGACAUCACUCUAAAUUAGUUUUUUUUUUUUUUUCAAACUCUCAUGCGUGAGUGAUGAGUUCCUUUUAUUUUCGGAGAAGACGUUAGAUGGUCUUUUUUAAACAGCAUUACAAGUCGUAAUCAGGGUUACAUAAUCUGAUAAAUGGGUGCAAAAUUUAAUUUAGUUAAUAUGUUUUAAAGAAACCACUUGGUUCCUAAACAUCUUAAAAUAGGGUAGAUUGCAACUACAAAGAGUUAGUUGCAAGGUAUUAGUUUAAAAGACUAGAAAAGAAAUGGAAAUGAUGAUAGCAGAUUUAAUCUGCAAAUUCCAAAUAUCCUGAUGCUCUCUCAAAGUAGCGCAAAAACGAAAGGACCGUUCAAAGCGUGUACUUGAAUCUACUGAGAUUUAUUCUUGGUGGAAGUGUUGUGAUUUUCUCACACAGCAGGAAUGUUUGGAUGCAAGAUUUUCCUUUACAUGUUUCAUAACAAAAUUUGAAGAUUGACAAAGUCUUUAAGUACGUUGUAUGGAAUCUUAAUGUCAGCUUGGCAACAUUUUUGUAGGAUUUGGUAGAGAAUUGCCAAAAUGUACUUCUACUUUGGCGUCCGUGUAUUAGACGCAAUUUUAUACCCUGUCGCAGUGGGUUUUCUAAAAAUAACAAUUCAACGUAUCAGACUUAAAACACAGCUACCGUGGACAAAUGAUCAGUCGCCAAGUUUCUUAUUGAUUUGUUUUAACUGUGUUUUUGCUGAAUUCCACAAAAGACUACGUGCAUGAGUUGGGACUGUCUGAAUAAUACAUUAUAUGCAUUGCCCAUUUUUGUAGCAUGUAUCGCUGUAGGGGUAACGGACCCAAAGAAGAUACCAGAUUCUAGAAUGACGGCAAGCACAGUUUACAGUUCGGGUUAUCAACCGUACUACGGAAGAGUGAAUACAACAAGGGGAACCCGAUGGUGUCCAAAGACCACUAGUGAUAGGACAGACUAUCUUCAAGUUGAUAUAGGUGCAGAGCAUACUGUUUGUCAAGUGGCCACGCAAACGUUAAACACUGGCGAGUAUACCAAAACGUAUUACGUACGAGUUUCAGUGGAUGGAGUAACCUGGAACAAGACGUACCAGGAGAACAAAGCAGAAAAGGUAAACUAUAACUUAGUUUUACCUUCUCCUUCCCAUAAGCUUACGUAGAAAAAAAUAAACUAUUCCCGGCAUUUUUUAACCUUUCAGUGGCAAGUUAGGAGAGCAAACCAUCUGGAUUUCUCACUAGGGAGCUUCGUUAACCAACAGACCUUUUCCGUUAUGUAACAUCAUUCUGUUGUCUAAGUUUGAGGCAAAACAUGAAUAGUAAUCGAAAGAGAACCGAGAAACUUGACUACAAAUGUAUCAGAGGUGUUGUUUGUAUUUACAUUGUAAUGGUGUCAUUACCCCAGACAUUUAGUCAUUGUCCUGUGGCUACACCAUGAAUGACUUUUUUUCCACUUGCAGGUUUUCCAAGCAAGUACCGUUUUCAAAAGUGUCUUGCGACAGAAAAUCAGUCCAGUGGUGAAAGCGAGAUUUGUCAGAUUUUUUCCUAUUACAUACUAUGGUUGGCCUUGUUUAACAGUUGAAAUAUAUGUCCUCACACGUAUGUUUCUUUCGUUGUAAAUAAAAACUUUUACUUCCAAUAUUUACUUUUUGAAUUAACGCUCAAAAGUGAUUUAACCUUUUGACUCAAGUACAAUAUAAAAUUUACGUAAAUUAAUACCAUGAUCAUAAUUAAUGAAAUUGUGCGUAAAGAAUGCAUGAAGAAUGUGGUAUUAACAAGAAUUUAGGUGAAAUUGUUGUGAGGUAAUUAUCACAUUUGUGUUCUUAAAUCAUAUAGAAUCUUAAUAAAAAAGCCAGGUUCUCAUCUCCCUGAUCAUGAAUUAACCUUUUCUAAUCUUGGUAUAUCUUUGUAACACAUUCAUUGAGCUGCUGUGCUUUGCCUUUUAUCGUUUGGAAUAAUACCGCAAGUAUUAAAGAAUUAUAGUCUUCAAAUGUCGCCCUAUGCUCAUUUUCUGCCUCUUUUGGUUAUAUUCCGUUGAUUGAAUUUACAUUUUAUUUCAAAAUGUAAGUAAAAUAAGUUAUAAACAUGAUAUUUUAUUAAUAUCAUUAUUUUUUAGGGUUACCUAAUAAUUGUCUUAUUUUUUUUGUUAUUAUUUUUUGUACCGAUAUCUCGCUCAAUACUGUUCAAUACUAUGCCUUUCUUUUUAAAGCGUGUGAUAGCAACCCAUGUCUCAAUGGAGGAACCUGCCAUGAAGAGGAAAGUGAACAACGGUACACUUGUGAAUGUAGUAGUGGCUGGAAGGGUCAAAGAUGCGAAGAAGAGUCGGUUACAGGUGUUUAGUUUAUUUUGAAACGUUUGUCAAUGUACAUGUAUGACGUGUAUGAAACAGAUUCCUAAAACGUCCAGCAAUUAAUCUCCACAGACAUCACUACAAAAUAGUUUUUUUUUUUCAAACUCUCAUGCGUGAGUGAUGAGUUCCUUUUAUUUUCGGAGAAGACGUUAGAUGGUCUUUUUUAAACCGCAUUACAAGUCGUAAUCAGGGUUACAUAUCUGAUAAAUGGGCACAAAAUUUAAUUUAGUUAAAUUAUGUUUUAAAGAAACCACUUGGUUCCUAAAUAUCUUAAAAUAGGGUAGAGGGCAAUGACAAAAGGUUUGUUGCAAGGUAUUAUUUUAAAAGACUAGAAAAGAAAUGGAAAUGAUGAUAGCAGAUUUAAUCCGCAAAUCCCAAAUAUCCUGAUGCUCUCUCAAAGUAGCGCAAAAACGAAAGGAACGUUCAAAGCGUGUACUUGAAUCUACUGAGAUUUAUUAUUGGUGGAAGUGUUGUGAUUUUCUUGCACAGCAGGAAUGUUUGGAUGCAAGAUUUUCCUUUACUUGUACGUUGUAUGGAAUCUUAAUGUCAGCUUGGCAACAUUUUUGUAGGAUUUGGUAGAGAAUUGCCAAAAUGUAGUUCCACUUUGGCGUCCGUGUAUUAGACGCAAUUUUAUUCCCUGUCGCAGUGGGUUUCCUAAAAAUAACAAUUCAACGUAUCAGACUUAAAACACAGCUACCGUGGACAAAUGAUCAGUCGCCAAGUUUCUUAUUGAUGUGCUUUAAAUGUGUUUUUUGCUGAAUUCCACAAAAGACUACGUGCAUGAGUUGGGACUGUCUGAUUAAUACAUAUAUAUGCAUUGCCCAUUUUUGUAGCAUGUAUCGCUGUAGGGGUAACGGACCCAAAGAAGAUACCAGAUUCCAGAAUGACGGCAAGCACAGUUUACAGUUCGGGUUAUCAACCGUACUACGGAAGAGUGAAUACAACAAGGGGAACCCGAUGGUGUCCAAAGACCACUAGUGAUAGGACAGACUAUCUUCAAGUUGAUAUGGGUGCAGUGCAUACUGUUUGUGAAGUGGCCACGCAAACGUUAAACACUGGCGAGUAUACCAAAACGUAUUACGUACGAGUUUCAGUGGAUGGAGUAACCUGGAACAAGACGUACCAGGAGAACAAAGCAGAAAAGGUAAACUAUAACUUAGUUUUACCUUCUCCUUCCCAUAAGCUUACGUAGAAAAAAAAAAAAAUUAAUCUUUUCCGGCAUUUUUUGCCCUUUCAGAGGCAAGUUAGGAGAGCAAACCAUCUGGAUUUCUUACCAGGGAGCUUCGUUAACCAACAGACCUUUCCCGUUAUGUAACAUCAUUCGGUUGUCUAAGUUUGAGGCAAAACAUGAAUAGUAAUCGAAAGAGAACCGAGAAACUUGACUACCAUGGUAUCAGAGGUGUUGUUUGUAUUUACAUUGUAAUGGUGUCAUUACCCCAGACAUUUAGUCAUUUUCCUGUGGCUACACCAUGAAUGACUUUUUUUCCACUUGCAGGUUUUCCAAGCAAGUACCGUUUUCAAAAGUGUCUUGCGACAGAAAAUCAGUCCAGUGGUGAAAGCGAGAUUUGUCAGAUUUUUUCCUAUUACAUACUAUGGUUGGCCUUGUUUAACAGUUGAAAUAUAUGUCCUCACACGUAUGUUUCUUUCCUUGUAAAUAAAAACUUUUACUUCCAAUAUUUACUUUUUGAAUUAACGCUCAAAAGUGAUUUAACCUUUUGACUCAAGUACAAUAUAAAAUUUACGUAAAUUAAUACCAUGAUCAUAAUUAAUGAAAUUGUGCGUAAAGAAUGCAUGAAGAAUGUGGUAUUAACAAGAAUUUAGGUUAAAUUGUUGUGAGGUAAUUAUCACAUUUGUGUUCUUAAAUCAUAUAGAAUCUUAAUAAAAAAGCCAGGUUCUCAUCUCCCUGAUCAUGAAUUAGCCUUUUCUAAUCUUGGUAUAUCUUUGUAACACAUUCACUGAGCUGCUGUGCUUUGCCUUUUAUCGUUUGGAAUAAUACCGCAAGUAUUAAAGAAUUAUAGUCUUCAAAUGUCGCCCUACGCCCAUUUUCUGCCUCUUUUGGUUAUAUUCCGUUGAUCGAAUUUACAUUUUAUUUCAAAACGUAAGUAAAAUAAGAUAUAAACAUGAUAUUUUAUUAAUAUCAUUAUUUUUUAGGGUUACCUUAUAAUUGUCUUAUUUUUUUUGUUAUUAUUUUUUGUACCGAUAUCUCGCUCAAUACUGUUCAAUACUAUGCCUUUCUUUUUAAAGCGUGUGAUAGCAACCCAUGUCUCAAUGGAGGAACCUGCCAUGAAGAGGAAAGUGGAGAACGGUACACUUGUGAAUGUAGUAGUGGCUGGAAGGGACAAAGAUGCGAAGAAGAGUCGGUUGCAGGUGUUUAGUUUAUUUUGAAACGUUUGUCAAUGUACAUGUAUGACGUGUGUGAAACAGAUUCCUAAAACGUCCAGCAAUUAAUCUCCACAGACAUCACUACAAAAUAGUUUUUUUUUUUCAAACUCUCAUGCGUGAGUGAUGAGUUCCUUUUAUUUUCGGAGAAGACGUUAGAUGGUCUUUUUUAAACCGCAUUACAAGUCGUAAUCAGGGUUACAUAUCUGAUAAAUGGGCACAAAAUUUAAUUUAGUUAAAUUAUGUUUUAAAGAAACCACUUGGUUCCUAAAUAUCUUAAAAUAGGGUAGAGGGCAAUGACAAAAGGUUUGUUGCAAGGUAUUAUUUUAAAAGACUAGAAAAGAAAUGGAAAUGAUGAUAGCAGAUUUAAUCCGCAAAUCCCAAAUAUCCUGAUGCUCUCUCAAAGUAGCGCAAAAACGAAAGGAACGUUCAAAGCGUGUACUUGAAUCUACUGAGAUUUAUUAUUGGUGGAAGUGUUGUGAUUUUCUCACACAGCAGGAAUGUUUGGAUGCAAGAUUUUCCUUUACUUGUACGUUGUAUGGAAUCUAAAUGUCAGCUUGGCAACAUUUUUGUAGGAUUUGGUAGAGAAUUGCCAAAAUGUACUUCUACUUUGGCGUCCGUGUAUUAGACGCAAUUUUAUACCCUGUCGCAGUGGGUUUUUUAAAAAUAACAAUUCAACGUAUCAGACUUAAAACACAGCUACCGUGGACAAAUGAUCAGUCGCCAAGUUUCUUAUUGAUUUGUAUUAACUGUGUUUUUGCUGAAUUCCACAAAAGACUAGGUGCAUGAGUUGGGACUGUCUGAUUAAUACAUAUAUAUGCAUUGCCCAUUUUUGUAGCGUGUAUCGCUGUAGGGGUAACGGACCCAAAGAAGAUACCAGAUUCCAGAAUGACGGCAAGCACAGUUUACAGUUCGGGUUAUCAACCGUACUACGGAAGAGUGAAUACAACAAGGGGAACCCGAUGGUGUCCAAAGACCACUAGUGAUAGGACAGACUAUCUUCAAGUUGAUAUGGGUGCAGUUCAUACUGUUUGUGAAGUGGCCACGCAAACGUUAAACACUGGCGAGUAUACCAAAACGUAUUACGUACGAGUUUCAGUGGAUGGAGUAACCUGGAACAAGACGUACCGGGAGAACAAAGCAGAAAAGGUAAACUAUAACUUAGUUUUACCUUCUCCUUCCCAUAAGCUUACGUAGAAAAAAAUAAACUAUUCCCGGCCUUUUUUAACCUUGCAGAGGCAAGUUAGGAGAGCAAACCAUCUGGAUUUCUUACUAGGGAGCUUCGUUAACCAAGAGACAUUUCCCGUUAUGUAACAUCAUUCUGUUGUCUAAGUUUGAGGCAAAACAUGAAUAGUAAUCGAAAGAGAACCAAGAUUAAACUUGACUACUAUGGUAUCAGAGGUGUUGUUUGUAUUUAGAUUGUAAUGGUGUUAUUACCCUAGGCAUUUAGUCAUUGUUUGUGGUAUGCCACAAGUGUCAUCUAAUUCACAGAAAAUUGCCCAUACAAGUUAAGUUAUUGAUUUAAAAAAAUCCGACGUUAACCCAGGAAACUUCUAAUGUAUACUAUUUCAAAGUAAAGAGUAUAAAGCGCGUUACUUUAAUUUUCCUAAUUUGUCCUUUUCAUAUAAUAAUAAUAAUAUUGCAAUUGAGCGAAUAGCCACUUAUAAAGUGACUUGCGCUAGUAGUUUACAUUUUGUAGUUUGAAUGCAUAGAAAGUCGUUCCUAUGGCGUUAGAAGUGCACAGAUAAGGUCUGUAAUAAAACAUUCUUAAUGCAGAUUUCGCAUUUUCGUCCUGGUUUAUUCCAUAUCUUCUUCUCAUGCAUUAUCCUGUGUUGAGCCUUAAAGUUUCAUUUCCCGCUUCGUUUUUUUUCCGCGACCUCGAGUCAACUUGAAUUGGUAAUAAAGUUUUAUUUCACGCUUUGUUUUUUCCGCGACCUUGAGUCAACUUAAAUUGGUAAAUAAUAAACUUUUGGCAAAAGACUGAGUAGGUUUCGAAAGUCUUUUUUGUAGCUACACUAUGAAUGACUUUUUUUCACUUGCAGGUUUUCCAAGCAAGUAUCGUUUUGAACAGUGUCUUGCGACAGAAAAUCAGUCCAGUGGUGAAAGCGAGAUUUGUCAGAUUUUUUCCUAUUACAUAUCAUGGUUGGCCUUGUUUAACAGUUGAAAUAUAUGUCCUCACACGUAUGUUUCUUUCGUUGUAAAUAAAAACUUUUACUUCCAAUAUUUACUUUUUGAAUUAACGCUCAAAACUGAUUUAAACUUUUAACUCAAGAACAAUAUAAAACUUACGUAAAUUAAUACAAUGAUUUGAUUUUACAAUGAAGGAUUUAGGUUAAGUUGUUGUGAGGUAAUUAUCACAUUUGUGCUCUUAAAUCAUAAAGAAUCUUUAGGACUUUUAACAAAACAAAAAGCCAGGUUCUCAUCUCCCUGAUCAUGAAUUAGUCUUUUCUAACCUUGGUACAUCUUUGUAACACAUAGACGGAGCUGCUGUGCUUUGCCUUUUAGCGGAGCUCUGGCGCGCUUCGCGCGCGCGCAGGGGGAGCACCGUGGGCAAGAAAAUUUGGUAAACUAUCUUUCCCAGAAAAUUUGGUUAUGACGUAGCGUACGCCCACCCGUACACACAGUUCAUGUAAGCCGAUGUCAAAUGUCACAAUAGAUCUUGCACAACUUGACUAGCCUCUUAGUUAUGUAAGCCAUCCAUAUGAGGACGAUUAGAUUGACAGCUGUCAAAAUGAGACAUCCGCUGACAAUUAUCACAUGACCAUCUCGCGGGAUCAGAUGAAAGGCCAGUCGUUUUGCCCCUACAUGUAAGCUGAUAUAAUAUGUCACACUUACCAAUUCAACAUAAAAACGAAACUACGCCGGGCAAGGCUGUCAGUUGGAUGACAGUAGUUUAAAGUUAUAUUGGCAAGCCAAAUUAAGGUCAAUUAACAGCUGUCAAAAUGGGACAUGUGCAGACCACUAUCAGAAAACUAAUGACGCGGGCUCAGGUUCGCCCAGGUACACGAUCUGGCAUUUUCCACUACAUGCCGGACGGAUAUGUCUUACUCACACUCGUAGUCUGUUAAUUCGAAUAUUCGCCAUUCUAAUGAAGUUUAAUUGACAGCUGUCAAACUAGAGUAUACGCUGACCAUCAUCACCUGAGUGUAUUGCGGGCUCAUUUUUCUAUCCAUUAAGGUCACGUACUGUUUAAAGUUUUGCGCUGAUAUUUUAUUUGAUCACGGGCUCAAUUCGAAGCCCCAUAGCUUAGAAAAUCUAUCCAUCUUAGAGAAUUCGGCAAUCACGUGACCGUACAAUGACCACCCGACUUUCCGUCCGUGCGCAUCACAUGCAUACCAAUGUUUAAUCUCACACUUUCUAGCUAGUUUGGGAGCCUGCAACCUAAUAUUGUACAUCCAUGUUUUGAUUAAUUGACAGCUGUCAGAAUAGUGUUUCUGCUGACCAGUAUCGCCUGACCGUAUCGCAGGCUCAGGUAUCGACCCACUGAGUUCGAGUGUUUUUUUUUUGAAGGUAUCCGCUGACAAGUUGAUACUUUUCAAAAAGAUCGCAGGCUCAAGUUCAAUUUUUUUAAAAUGCAUAUGAAAUAAGUCGUGUUCAUGAGCAGCACUUUUAAAAUGUUGAUUUCGAAGUGACUUCGGACGCGAAAACUCAACCGGCUUUUACAUUACAUGCAGGGAAGGCAAUCGCUUUUGACUUUUCUCACUGUCACGCGUUGAUCACGCUCUACGUCCAAUUCUUAUGUUCUGAUUGGUCAAAAUUUGACAGGUGAGUUCACGCGGAAAAUUUAUGCAGCGUCUGGAAACUUGCUUACUGAUAGCUGGAGCUGACAGAGUUUUGUCCGGGAGUUUUGUCUCAUCUUGCGAUGUUUUAAACUGUCUUUUUCUACUUGGUGUACAAAAUGAAAUACAGCUGCUAUCAAGAUUGUUCUGUAAUUCAUCGCUGGUUUGUUUAUUGCGCUUUUUGUUCACAAAUGCACCGCUUGUCAAAGUCAUUGGAAAUCCGAUUUCGGAUGGCAUCGUUUUCAAAAAUGAGCUUACUCACUUGCCCUUGCUUGAGGCGUAAGAGGGUUGAAAAGUCUCAAGCGAUUCUGGAACACUUGAUGACCUUCAGAAUCAGCAUCUCGACUGGUAAGCCUGAGCAAUUAUUGUCUUUGAAGUGUUUUUUUUUUUCGGUUUCCUGAAGUCGAGCGUAUGUUUUAUGCGGCUUGAGUUUAUACACGAGCAAUGAUCUAACCUACAAUAGUAUCAGGUUUAAAAAGGCUUUAGACAUUUUUUGACCGCAAAUUCAAAGAAAAGAUUCCGGAGAUUAUUUAGUUAUGAUUUUGGCCGUAAACAGAAAGCUCUGAGCGAUUUUCUUGCCUGGAGUUCAUCUUGAAAAAGAGCAAACACCGGGAGCCGGUUUAAAAAAUAAAUAAGCUUAUGCGUACCUGACUCAUGAUUUUCAGAGACACUUUACUCUCAAUACUUCUCUUCGUGAAUGAAAAUUAUUGUCUCUGUACAUGUUUCACCGAAUUAUGUUUAUGUUAUUGAUUGUUAGUAGUCUCUCUCGCAAUUUUUAUCGCUGCACCGGUUGUUUCCAGUCGAACAUAAACAUCGCAUGCAGGAAUACUCAAAACGCCGCCCGUAAAUAUCACUCGCUUUUAAAGAUUACAAAUAACAAAACCAUGCACAGUUUACUAAAUAAAGGGAAAUAAAACCUAAACAUAACAAUUUCUCUAUCACGUUGAAGCGUAAAUGGUAACUGUAUUAGUCGCACUGCAAAUUUGGUGCCUGUCAAAGUGAGAAACCCGUCCGGCUGGCCGAAAAGUGAUUUGGGGAAUUUUUUUAUCGUUUUCAUUUAAAGCCCGUAAUUAUUACCCUGCAUAUCACAUAGGACCAGAUUUUUCUAACUGAAAAGUCCCGGCAUUAUCUGAGAAUAGGCCAUUUGCACUAAGAGGCAUAUGACAUCGUUUUUAUGAAAAUGAAAGUUAUAUGAUUUUGCCUUCGAAAAACGAUUAGUGGGUCAUAUCUUAAACAAAAUAAUGAUGAUUUGGUUUUUCAAACCCGAACCAUUUUCUUAAAAUGAAUAAGUUCGUAAAUGGUCACGUGACCAACAUGUGAUUUUUAAAAUUAUGAAUUACCUCUUUCUGAACACAAAUUUUGCACUUAAACUUCAAGGAAAAUGUUAAAAAGAUGAUGUGAUAGCGUCUACAGCACAUCUGAGCGUAAAUAUGAAACGUUGAACAAGAUAUGAGCAAGAAGUUUUUUGUCCGCCAUGUUGGAGGGCAUAAGCAUGCCCUCCAACAUGGCGGCCAAUACAAAUCAUACUGCUUUGCUGAAAAAUCAAAGUGCCAUAAAACAUCUCCCUUAAAUGCGUUUCCUCUCAAAUUUCGGGUUUAAGAUAAUUUUUGUGUGCUCUAACAAUUUUUUGGCAUCAGCAAGAUUCCAACUCAUUGUUUAAAGGAAGCAUUGGUCACGUGACCUCUUAGUGCAAGUGGCCUAUUCUCUUCAUGACAACGUUUUAUAAUUCAAUGCUAUAAUUUGUUGUGCAAAGGAAGCGCGUGCUUUGAUCGUCGUGGAUAUUGAAUGAGUGCAAAUUCUCUUGCAAAAUUGUGAAAAACUGCCGAAUUAUGGGUUUAAAUAGGGCAAAAAAGAAAAAAUUAUGUCCGAGGUCUGUAUGAUAAAAAAGGGCCUCGGAGUACUGUUUACCUGAGACGUGAUGAGAAAAAGUAUGUUUAUAAGGCUGGUUUACACGCCACCAGAUUCGUCGCCAAGAUUUACUAGUAAACUAAACUUGUCGAACACAAAAAAUGCGGCCUAAUUUUUUAUUUUGGCCUCUCUUUUAGACAGAGGAAUGCAACGUGUAAAUUGGCUGCCACCAAGGACUAUCGUGGCGCGUGUGUUUCUUAAAAUUAUAUUUCGGGGUUGUCCAAUUAUCCAUAGCCUCUCUAACGGAGCAAUGUUGGAGAGACUGGUGAAUGCGAGAUUAUGAUGCAACAGCUAAUGCAAAUACAAUACAUAAAUAGGUCUAUUUGUUUUCCAGGCCUAAUCUACUGUGAUCGAACAUGAUUGCUAUCUUGGGUGUACAAAUAAGACUAUUUAAUAACUCGAUGUAAAAUUUGUUUCACUCUUGGACUGUCAAAUUAUUUUUCUCUAAAAUCACUUAGCCUUUGCGUCAAAAGUCAAAUGAAUGUGCCCUGAUCUGUGGAUUGCAAGUUUAUUGUUUGAUUUAAAUUAUGAAUUUAUAAACGAGAGCUUCGCUUUUAGCCCUGGCUAAAUCUAUAUACUAUCGGUUGGAAAAAUACCACAAGCAUUGUCAAGAAUUAUAUUUAGUUUUCAAAUGCCGCCCUACGCCCAUUUUCUGCCUCUUUUGGUUAUAUUCCGUUGAUCGCUUUUACAUUUUAUUUUAAAACGUAAGCAAAAUAAGUUAUAAACAUGAUAUUUCAUUAAUAUUAUUAUUUUUUUAGGGUUACCUAAUAAUUGUCCUAUUUUUUUUGUUAUUAAUUUUUUUUUUCACCGAUAUCUCGCUCAAUACUGUUCAAUACUAUGACUUUCUUUUUAAAGCGUGUGAUAGCAACCCAUGUCUCAAUGGAGGAACCUGCCUUGAAGAGGAAAGUGGACAAGGGUACACUUGUGAAUGUAGUAGUGGCUGGAAGGGACAAAGAUGCGAAGAAGAGUCGGUUGCAGGUGUUCACUUUAUUUUGAAACGUUUGUGAAUGUACAUGUAUGACUUGUAAGAAACAGAUUUCUAAAACCUCCAGCAAUUAAUCUCUACAGACAUCACUCUAAAUUAGUUUUUUUUUUUCAAACUAUCAUGCGUGAGUGAUGAGUUCCUUUUAUUUUCGGAGGAGACGUUAGAUGUUUUUUUUUUAACCGCCUAACAAGUCCUAACCAGGGCUACGUAAUCUGAUAAAUGGGCACAAAAUUUAAUUUAGUUAAUAUGUUUUAAAGAAACCACUUGGUUCCUAAAUAUCUUAAAAUAGGGUAGAGGGCAAUUACAAAGAGUUAGUUGCAAGGUCUUCUUUUAAUAGACUAGAAAAGAAAUGGAAAUGAUGAUAGCAGAUAAAUAUGCAAAUUACAAAUAUCCUGAUGCUCUGUCAAAGCAGCGCAAAAACGAAAGGAACGUUCAAAGCGUGUACUUGAAUCUACUGAGAUUUGUUCUUGGUGGAAGUGUUGUGAUUUUCACACACAGCAGGAAUGUUUGAAUGCAAGAUUUUCCUCUAGAUGUUUCAUAACAAAAUUUGAAGAUUGAUAAUGUUUUUAAGUACGUUGUAUGGAAUCUUAAUGUCAGCUUGGCAACAUUUUUGUAGGAUUUGGUAGAGAAUUGCCAAAAUGUAGUUCCACUUUGGCGUCCGUGUAUUAGACGCAAUUUUAUACCCUGUCGCAGUGGGUUUCCUAAAAAUAACAAUUCAACGUAUCAGACUUAAAACACAGCUACCGUGGACAAAUGAUCAGUCGCCAAGUUUCUUAUUGAUGUGCUUUAAAUGUGUUUUUGCUGAAUUCCACAAAAGACUACGUGCAUGAGUUGGGACUGUCUGAUUAAUACAUAUAUAUGCAUUGCCCAUUUUUGUAGCAUGUAUCGCUGUAGGGGUAACGGACCCAAAGAAGAUACCAGAUUCCAGAAUGACGGCAAGCACAGUUUACAGUUCGGGUUAUCAACCGUACUACGGAAGAGUGAAUACAACAAGGGGAACCCGAUGGUGUCCAAAGACCACUAGUGAUAGGACAGACUAUCUUCAAGUUGAUAUGGGUGCAGUUCAUACUGUUUGUGAAGUGGCCACGCAAACGUUAAACACUGGCGAGUAUACCAAAACGUAUUACGUACGAGUUUCAGUGGAUGGAGUAACCUGGAACAAGACGUACCAGGAGAACAAAGCAGAAAAGGUAAACUAUAACUUAGUUUUACCUUCUCCUUCCCAUAAGCUUACGUAGAAAAAAAUAAACUAUUCCCAGCCUUUUUUAACCUUUCAGAGGCAAGUUAGGAGAGCAAACCAUCCGGAUUUCUUACUAGGGAGCUUCGUUAACCAAGAGACCUUUCCCGUUAUGUAACAUCAUUCUGUUGUCUAAGUUUGAGGCAAAACAUGAAUAGUAAUCGAAAGAGAACCAAGAAACUUGACUACUAUGGUAUCAGAGGUGUUGUUUGUAUAUAGAUUGUAAUGGUGUUAUUACCCUAGACAUUUAGUCAUUGUCCUGUGGUAUGCUACAAUUUUCAUCUAAUUCACAGAAAAUUGCCCAUACAAGUUAAGUUAUUUAUUUAAAAAAAUCCGACGUUAACCCAGGAAACUUCUAAUGUAUACUAUUUCAAACUAAUGAGUAUAAAGCGCAUUACGUUAAUUUUCCUAAUUUGUCCUUUUCAUAUAAUAAUAAUAUUGCAAUUGAGCGAACAGCCACUUAUAAAGUGACUUGCCCUAGUAGUUUACAUUUUGUAGUUUGAAUGCAUAGAAAGUCGUUUCUAUGGCGUUAGAAGUACGCAGAUAAGGUCUGUAAUAAAACAUUCUUAAUGCAGAUUUCGCAUUUUCGUCCUGGUUUAUUCCAUAUCUUCUUCUCAUGCAUUAUCCUGUUUUGAGCCUUAAAGUUUUAUUUCGCGCUUCGUUUUUUUUCUGCGUCCUUGAGUCAACUUAAAUUAAUAAAUAAUAAACUUUUGGGAAAAGACUAAGUAGGUUUCGCCAGUCUUUUUGUGGCUACACUAUGAAUGACUUUUUUUUUUCACUUGCAGGUUUUCCAAGCAAGUAUAGUUUUGAACAGUGUCUUGCGACAGAAAAUCAGUCCAGUGGUGAAAGCGAGAUUUGUCAGAUUUUUUCCUAUUACAUAUCAUGGUUGGCCUUGUUUAACAGUUGAAAUAUAUGUCCUCACACGUAUGUUUCUUUCGUUGUAAAUAAAAACUUUUACUUCCAAUAUUUACUUUUUGAAUUAACGCUGAAAAGUGGUUUAAACUUUUGACUCAAGUACAAUAUAAAACUUACUUAAAUUAAUACAAUGAUCAUAAUUAAUUAAAUUGUGCGUAAAGAAUGCAUGAAGAAUGUGGCAUCAAGAAUAAUUUAAGUUAAGUUGUUGUGAGGUAAUUAUCACAUUUGUGCUCUUAAAUCAUAUAGAAUCUUUAGGACUUCUAACAAAACAAAAAGCCAGGUUCUCAUCUCCCUGAUCAUGAAUUAGUCUUUUCUAACCUUGGUACAUCUUUGUAACACAUUAACUGAGCUUCUGUGCUUUGCCUUUUAUCGGUUGGAAAAAUACCACAAGCAUUGUCAAGAAUUAUAUUUAGUUUUCAAAUGCCGCCCUACGCCCAUUUUCUGCCUCUUUUGGUUAUAUUCCGUUGAUCGCUUUUACAUUUUAUUUCAAAACGUAAGUAAAAUAAGUUAUUAAAACAUGAUAUUUUAUUAAUAUUAUUAUUUUUUUAGGGUUACCUAAUAAUUGUCUUAUUUUUUUUGUUAUAAUUUUUUUUUUCACCGAUAUCUGGCUCAAUACUGUUCAAUACUAUGCCUUUCUUUUUAAAGCGUGUGAUAGCAACCCAUGUCUCAAUGGAGGAACCUGCCAUGAAGAGGAAAGUGGACAAGGGUACACUUGUGAAUGUAGUAGUGGCUGGAAGGGACAAAGAUGCGAAGAAGAGUCGGCUGCAGGUGUUCACUUUAUUUUGAAACGUUUGUGAAUGUACAUGUAUGACGUGUAAGAAACAGAUUUCUAAAACCUCCAGCAAUUAAUCUCUACAGACAUCACUCUAAAUUAGUUUUUUUUCAAACUAUCAUGCGUGAGUGAUAAGUUUAUUUUAUUUUCGGAGAAGACGUUAGAUGUUUUUUUUUAAAACCGCCUUACAAGUCCUAAUCAGGGUUAGGUAAUCUGAUAAAUGGGCGUAAAAUUUAAUUUAGUUAAUAUGUUUUAAAGAAACCACUUGGUCCCUAAAUAUCUUAAAAUAGGGUAGAGGGCAAUUACAAAGAGUUAGUUGCAAGUUCUUCUAUCAAAAGACUAGAAAAGAAAUGGAAAUGAUGAUAGCAGAUUUAAUAUGCAAAUUCCAAAUAUCCUGAUGCUCUCUCAAAGUAGCGCAAAAAAGAAAGGAACGUUCAAAGCGUGUACUUGAAUCUACUGAGAUUUAUUCUUGGUGGAAGUGUUGUGAUUUUCUGACACAGCCGGAAUGUUUGGAUGCAAGGUUUUUUCUUUAGAUGUUUCAUAACAAAAUUUGAAGAUUGACAAAGUCUUUAAGUACGUUGUAUGGAAUCUUAAUGUCAGCUUGGCAACAUUUUUGUAGAAUUUGGUACAGAAUUGCCAAAAUGUACUUCUACUUUGGCGUCCGUGUAUUAGACGAAAUUUUCUACCCUGUGGCAGUGGGUUUCCUAAAAAAACCAAUUCAACGUAUCAGACUUAGAACACAGCUACGUACCGUGGACAAAUGAUCAGUCGCCAAGUUUCUUAUUGAUUUUUUUUUAACUGUGUUUUUGCUGGAUUCCACAAAAGACUACGUGCAUGAGUUGGGACUGCCUGACUAAUACAUAUAUAUGCAUUGCCCAUUUUUGUAGCAUGUAUCGCUGUAGGGGUAACGGACCCAAAGAAGAUACCAGAUUCCAGAAUGACGGCAAGCACUGUUUACAGUUCGGGUUAUCAACCGUACUACGGAAGAGUGAAUACAACAAGGGGAACCCGAUGGUGUCCAAAGACCACUAGUGAUAGGACAGACUAUCUUCAAGUUGACAUGGGUGCAGUGCAUACUGUUUGUGAAGUGGCCACGCAAACGUUAAACACUGGCGAGUAUACCAAAACGUAUUACGUACGAGUUUCAGUGGAUGGAGUAACCUGGAACAAGACGUACCAGGAGAACAAAGCAGAAAAGGUAAACUAUCACAGAAUGAAAAAUCAAAUUUACGUGAGCGUAAUGACAGCGUAAAGUCAGCGUAUAGUUGAAUUUUACACAACUUUACGCUUCCUUUACUCUACGUAAAGUUCAGCUUUACAGCACCUUUACGCGUACAUAUAAAGCUGGCGUAAUGAAACAAAAACUUUACGCAACACCUUUACGUUUUGCGUAAAGCUUGUGUAAACCCUACUUUAAGCUUGUGUAAAGCGAAAAUACAAGCUCCUUUACGCCAAAUAUAUAUAUACACAUAAACACACUGGAAACUUUAAAAAUACCGGUAAAUAUAAUGGUAAUCGGUAAAUUUUUCUUACCAAACUUUUAACAAUCAAAAUUUUAUUUUUGUCCAUGUCACACAAACAUUGGAUUUUUGUUGUGUACUUAAUACCGGUUAUUUUCUUUGGUUCCCCAUCAUCUCUCCAUAGUAUUUACAAUCUGGAGCCAUGGAGGAUUACUCAUAUAUACAUUACAAAUAAUUGUAUGAGUAAUCCUCAAUUCAAGUUUCGACACAAAAUAAAAUACCCUAAUAUGUAACAACACUUCAACACACAGUUAAAGGAUUAGGCCAGAAAUUUUGUUUUUAUUCUUCAAAACUGACAACAAAAACGAAAAGUUAUAAAGCGUUGAGAACCCAAUAGACCUAUAGAAAAAUAAGAACCCAACUUCAAACUGACAUUAGUCAUCCCUACUAUUAAGUUAUAACUUGCUUUAAUGGAGUUAUAUUGUUUAACCAGUAGAUGAACUUUGAAUAAGUAGUAGUUUAAAAAAUAGGGCCCCUUUCCGUUUCCAAUUUCAAAUCCUAUGAAAAUCGCCAGGUAUGCUACAUUGUUGUAACUGCAAAAACUGCAAAUACGAAUCGCAUUCUUUAAGUUUAGUCCCGCAAAGAGUGAUAUUACAAGGUUUUAAAAAACAAAACACACUGAUUCUCUAAAACUGAAUUUUCUAAAUAUAGCAUGAUUUAUUUCUGUGUUAGCAUCUUUGUCAUUACAUUAAAAAUUAAAAAAAACGAAAAUUUUUCCAACACGUAAGGUUUAAAUAAGAAGAUACAGUGUACAUAAACUUUUCAAAUGGGUCAAAACAGUCUUCUCAAAAUAUCCAAAAAAAAUCAUCUUAACUUAGUAUUAUACCAAAUUAAGAUGAUUUAUAGUUUAAAAUAAUUAUUAGCAUUUACAUGUAAGGUACAGGGUGUACAAGAAAACUGAUGAAGUUAAAUUUUGAUAAAAAACAGCAACUCUAACACGCAAAUUAAUGUAAAGGUGGGUCAAAAUGGUCUCUUCCAAAAUGAAAAUAUUUAGUAUAAUUUGGCAUAAUUCAAAUUAAAAGCUUAAACAAUUUUAGAUAAGAAAUAAAAAGACUGAAAGCCUAAUACAUGUAUAACAUUGAUGGUUUCUUGAUUUAGCCCUUUCACUUUUACAGUCAAACUUAACAACAAAAUCCAAAUAACAAAUCAUUUUCAUAAACUGAUGAUGUAAAAGUUAGAUGCACAAGGCUGUCACUAAGAUUGCAAGUUGCAGGGUUUAAGUGAAAUUAGUGAGCGGGACAUUGAAAAUGUGGAAAGUUUCGUUUCCUCUCAAAACAUCCAAGUAUUGGGCUCAAAGUAGCCGAUUUAAAGUCUGGUUUAUGGCCCUUAGUGACAGCCCUGGAACCACUUUACAAGACUAAGGCUUGUAAUUAACAUGUAUUAAUCCUGUUUGCUUUGAGAGGACUUUCUGUCACCAACAUCCCAUACCAGGCUGAUCUGCUGAAUAAAUAGAAAGCAAGUAUUAUUUGAGUAAACUACACAGAUUAUUUGUAGGCUAGUGAUAAUACACUUAAUCGCGCACUAAAGGCACAAGUACAUGUACAGUAAGGGGGUGUUUACAUGAGAAAACUCACACCGGCGCGAGUCUCAUACCAGGAUGACUUUUUGAUUUUGUAUCGGGUUUACAUUAUGACUGAGUCAUUUCAUAUCUCGUUAUUUGAAGGUACACUUUAUGUUGAUAAAAUACAAGUGGGAUACAAAAUAGCAAACAUUACGCGUGCGCUACCCAUUCCAGUCUACCGGCAGACCGAUUUCAUGCCGAAACGGGUGGUCGUUUCGCAUUUACAUGAUACUGCCAUGAGAUUUUGUACCAGAGUGAAAUUCUCGCCCGCACAAGAACCGGGUGAACUCACGCUGGGGUGACUCGCGCCUGCAUGACAUUUUGUGGUGGUAUCAUGUAAACAAAUAUAGAGCUAUGAGAGGGAACCGGAGUGAACUCGCUCCGGGGCAAAAAGUUGCCCCGGUAUCAUGUAAACACCCCCCCUAAGUUGCCAGAGGACACCGCCUGCUAUUACUAAUUAAUAAUAUUUUUUCCCACACUCAUGGCCAAAUUACUACAAUCAGCACAAUUUUACUUGACACAGGGUUCCCCACAUGCCUCUUUUCACAAACCAAGACUAAAAAUUUGAAAAGAAUGAUAAGGCAUUUUCCACAAGUGGUCUAAUAACAGUGCAAAACCUGAGUAGCAAAUGAUUUCAAUGUCCACAAAUUCACACAACUGAAUAAGAUUCAUCUGACUGUUAAAGAUUCAAAAUGUUUGACUAGUAUGAGUUAAAGGCUUUCCUUAAAGGCAAUAAUAUUUACAUUCAGAACCCUACUUGCAGUUGAGUGAAAAUCAGGGUAAAAUGCUACAUGGAAACCCUAUAAUAAUAAUAAUAAUAAUAAUAAUAAUAAUAAUAAUAGUAAUGAACUUUAUUAAAGUCUCAUGUCUUAUAACACAGGCACAGUGCCUUACUAGUUGGGGAGACUGAAGCAUAUAUAUAUGUUAAAUUUAUCAACAAUGGUUUAUUAUAUUAUUAGAGUUCAAUGUUUUACAAUGUAUAUCUUUUUUUAUUUUAAUGUAUGCAUUUUUAUAAAAGUAUCAUCCAUUAAUAUCGUUGUAAAGUGCUAUGAAAAACCACUGGAUGUACAUUAUUAUUAUUAUUAGAGAGUAAGCAGUGUGCAAAGAAAGUAGUGUCCGAUACUCCGGGGCUAGUGGAUUUUGCUAUCGAGCUAGUGAAUUUUGAACUUAACUUGCCCGAUGGGCAAGUGAAGUUUUUUUGAGGAAUUCAAAUUAACGAAGAACUGUGAAAUCGAUUCUGCUCAUCAAAACGGUUUGGGGGCUAGUUGAAAUGACAUUUGGGCUACUAUAUGCUAGCUUCAGCUUGCCCGAAUGGCAAGCUUUAAAAAUCACCUUCUUUGCACCCUGGUAAGAGAGAAAUUUUCCUAUCCACUUGUCCUUCACACAAGCAAUACAUUAAACUUGGUUGUCCGAAACCUAGAGUUCUUGUCCAAAAAGUUUAGCUUGCAACGGGCAUUUAAUGUUUUUAAUCACAUUAUUUAAUCACAUUAUUACCCUUGUAUAUUAUUUUUGAAUUAAACCUACAACAGAGCUUGUAAAAAGCAAAUGGAUGAAACGACUGGCAGUGGAAUGGCAAAGUUAAAUGGAAUAUUGUUUCUUAUCUUUAUUUUUCUAAUUAACAAUGUGCUUGUCCCACGGACAAGUCAUAUCAAAGGUUUACAUGUUCGAACUAAAUUUCUACCUGUCCCGGACUAAAGUUCCAAAUCAAUAAACAUCCCUAGCCUUCUCAUGAGCUCCACCAAAGACUUUCAAGGAAAAUAUAGAAACAUAUAAGCACCUUAUUCCCAAAAGUUUCAAAUUUUCCUGAAACUUUACCUAAUAUAUUUUUUUUUUUUUAAUACGAAACGUUCAAGGUUCCUAGUUAAUGUAACAGGAGUGAAGCCACUUUGCUAUUUAAAGCCCUUAUCCUCAAUCUUCAAAACAAUGCCUCCUAAUAAUAAUGUACAGUGUACCCUGUAAAUAAAGCAGCCUAUUUUCUUUCCUUGCCACCAGGGACAUUUCACAAGAGAGACAGUUGUAUUUGCAGAUUAAUAAUGGUGUAUGUAGACAAGAGAAUCCAAAACAGCUAUGACUGCUAUGACUCUCUUAACAGUCCUAUCUUUCACAACUUGUUUCUUUAAAUUUUAUUUUCCUUUAAACCUAGAUUUACUGACAAUACAACUAUGGUGCAGAUAGAACAAUUUCUGGUUUCUAACAUGACUGUGUGCUUUGCUUCCCAAAAAAGUAAGGCAUUCAAUUUCCUGACAGUAUGUGCUGCACUAUAUUCUCUCAAGAACCACAAUAUAAUUUCAUAGGAGCAGUGCACAAUGAAGAUUAAAAUUAAUGGUAAUAUAUGAAAUGAAUCAUACUUUGAACUGCAGAUGAAGGUAUGAAACUGUGAAGAUGUUAACAACUAUGUUGGCACUUACAUGAAAAUACAUUCUAAUUCAAUCAUGGUCUGCAUUAGCUAUGCAUUGAAAGACUCAUGAAAAUGUCUAUUCAUUCUCUGUUCAUUUAAGUUAAAACCCACGUAAUUUAAAAUCAAAAAUAAACUUUUGUAUCUGCUUCAAAAAAUACAUGCAUGCUGUUAAAUUAUUCACCACUUAUGACGCUAUGACUGCCCGGGGAAUUGGGAAGCUUGGGUUUGUUAUUGACUGACACAUGAAAAUAUAGAACCAGACUACGUAGAUUAUCUUUGCCUACUUGCAAAUUCAACACUUGUUAACACUUUUCUAUUCUGUUUAUUAGUUCUUCUAUAGUCUGUGAAAAUUUUCAUAAGAAUGUUUGUAUCACAUUACAUGUAAGCUUACUUUAUACAGAUGUCCUUUCUUAAUUCCAUUAUUUUCUUUUAGUAAUUCCCAGUACCAGUGACCAAACUCCUAUUUUCCAGUACAAAACAAGGAAAUUCUACUCCUUCAGACCCCAAAGUCCUUACAUGAUUUUACAUUAUCAUCUUCAACGUCAUGGUCUCGUUGCUUGCUUAGUAUUGAAAGGUUAUGCCAAAUAAAUACACAUGUUUAGUUAUAAUUUACUUUAAACGGUUAAUGCUGGUUUCAUUGCUCACUGAAAUGUUAGUUACUGAGUACUUGAGACAGUCAUUCGAACUCGUCAUAAACAAGUUGGAAUUAAGCUUAAAAAGUUAGAGAAAAGGCGAGCCAGGACAACUUACCUUGCCUUACUAUCUGCUCUUUUCAGCGAGAUCUUGAGUAUCGAAGAGCCUUAGUAAUACGUGUAAUACAGUCUUGGUCUGUGUUGUGAACAUUCCAGUGUUAAUGCUUGUGCUUCACACGAUGUUUCUGUCUCCAUUUCUGACUGCGUAUCUCGUCCCGAAAGGGUUGCUGCACACUUGAGAAGUGAUCGAUUACUAAAGGCUGAUAGUGCCAUUAUAAAUUGUAACAACCUUAAGAUGUCCUGUGAUGCUAUCAAGAAGCAUAAUAUAUGAACGAUCUCCAACCUUUCAAAGAAGCAAGUUUGAAACCGUUGGACACUUUCAAAAUGGACGCCAAAUCAACGAACCUGAUUGAGCAUGUGAAAAGGAACAAGCCCGCUGACCAGGUGUCCCUUCACUCUAUUGUUUCCAGGCCCCUUUCUUUUAACAAAUUGUCCGUUCCCAAACGAUGAAGCCAGUACUCCGUUGAAUGUAAAAUGGUCACAGUAAUUUUCUGAAUGCGUUCUUUCUUUAAGUAAGACUCGCCGUUUUUGCGAGGCGAUAUUUUUUCUUUAUUUUCCAAUUAUUUCAAUUUGAUCAAACUACAGUUGAAACUCUCUACAACGGCCACCUUAGGGACAUCAUAUCGAAGAAAGUGGCCAUAGUAGAGAGGUUGAAAGAAGAGUAAAUGUAUGUCAUGUAUGGACCGUCCGCCGAAAAAAAAAAAAACAAAAAAAAAAAAUGGCCCGUGUAGAGAGGUGACCGUUAAGGAAGAAACACCUUAUACUGACUGAAAUCAAUGAGGGAAUACUACUGAGUAUUGAAGGCUAUUGUGUUUGCCGCGACAGAUAUGCCGUUUUUCGAAAAUUGCCGCACAGUCGCAAGCUAUAUCUUUGCAUGAACUCUGCCAGCAGAAUUUUCUUUUCAGCGUCAUUUUUAAGCGUGUACGAAGUCGUUCGCACCACCAAAAAAAAUUUGCGUGGUUGGCUUGUUUACAUCGCACACCAACAUCGAACACCAAAUGAGUGAUCAAAAAAACUAUGCGAACUAGUAUCAGGACACAAACGACUUACUAAAAACAGUGCCGGGAAUAAAUUGCUGUUAGGAAUUAAGCUAGCAUUAUAUGACAAGCUUACUAAACCUUUACUUGUAGCGUAAAUGAGCGUAAAGCUGUUACAACAACUUUAUGCUAGCUUUACGAAACCUUUAAGAGCCGAGCGCGUAAAUUUACCUUUACAAACCUUUACGCGCCGUGGAAAGUUUGCGUAAAGUUGGAUGACCAACUUUACGCAGGUUUACGCAAACUUUAAUUUUGCGUAAAUCUCCAUUUUCAUGCUGUGUAUAACUUAGUUUUACCUUCUCCUUCCCAUAAGGUUACGUAGAAAAAAAAUAAACCAUUCCCGGCCUUUUUGCCCUUUCAGAGGCAAGUUAGGAGAGCAAACGAUCUGGAUUUCUUACUAGGGAGCUUCGUCAACCAAGAGACCUUUCCCGUUAUGUAACAUCAUUCUGUUGUCUAAGUUUGAGGCAAAACGUGAAUAGUAAUCGAAAGAGAACCGAGAAACUUGACUACUAUGGUAUCAGAGGUGUUGUUUUUGUUUACAUUGUAAUGCUCUUAUUACCCCAGACAUUUAUUCAUUGUCCUGUGGUAUGCCAUAAGUGUCAUCUAAUUCACAGAAAAUUGUACAUACAAGUUAAGUUAUUUAUAAAAAAAAUCAGACGUUUAUCCAGGAAACUUCUAAUGUAUACUAUUUCAAACUAAUGAGUAUAAAGCACGUUACGUUAAUUUACCUAAUUUGUCCUUUUUGUAUAAUAAUAAUAUUGCAAUUGAGCGCACAGCAACUUAUAAAGUGACUUGCGCUAGUAGUUUACAUUUUGUAGUUUGAAUGCAUAGAAAGUCGUUUCUAUGGCGUUAGAAUUUCACAGAUAAGGUCUGUAAUAAAACAUUCUUAAUGCAGAUUUUUCAUUUUCGUCCUGGUUUAUUCCGUAUCUUCUUCUCAUGCAUUUUCCUGUGUUGAGCCUUAAAGUUCUAUUUCGCGCUUUGUUUUUUCCGCGACCUUGAGUCAAAUUAAAUUGGUAAAUAAUAAACUUUUGGCAAACGACUAAGUAGGUUUCACCAGUCUUUUAGUGGCUACACUGUGAAUGACUUUUUUUUUUUCACUUGCAGGUUUUUCAAGCAAGUACUGUUUUGAAAAGUGUCUUGCGACAGAGAAUCAGUCCAGUGAUGAAAGCGAGAUUUGUCAGAUUUUUUCCUAUUACAUAUCAUGGUUGGCCUUGUUUAACAGUUGAAAUAUAUGUCCUCACAC